GGCAACCCGGCGGCGGACCAAUCACAGCGCUCCUUCCCUUUGAACCUCCGCCUGCGCCAGCCAAUGGGAGCGCGUGUGCAGGCGCAGUCGGGCUAGGUUGCGCUCUGUGUUCUGUGUGUGCCAUGGACUCAGCCCAGUGAUAUUGACAAUAGAGAGGAAACUGACACGAAGGGCCGGCCCCGACACCCUCAGCCAGCCACAGCCUCAGCCAGCCCGGCCACCCUCAGCCAGCCCAGCCCCGGCUCCCGGCUCUCAGGGAAUGGGAGUCCCAGUGUGAGGCUCUGCCAGCGAUCCGCGCGGAUUACCCAGCUCGCAGGAAGCAGGCCCAGCCCGAGACCGCAGCCCGUCACCAGGAACCCCCGGCCGCCUCUCUGAUCCCAGUCAGGAGCUCCAAGGUAACCGCCCUGCCCCCACAGCGAGGGAACUACAACUCCCGGCAUGCCCUGCCACCGGCACAGCUGGCAAAGCAUCCUGGGAAUCACAGUCCUGACAGGGGGGGGGGGGAGGCAGUCUGGGGGAUAUCCCUCCAUCCCUCCCACCCCUGCACUGAGCAUUCACAUCAUCCAUGUUACAGGCAGGGCUGGGCUACAUGCCCAGUGUGACACGCUACAUGCUUAAUGUGACACGCUACAUGCUCAGUGUGACACGCUACAUGCUUAAUGUGACACGCUACAUGCUUAAUGUGACACGCUACAUGCUCAGUGUGACACGCUACAUGCUUAAUGUGACACGCUACGUGCCUACUGUGACACGCUACAUGCCCAGUGUGACACGCUACAUGCUCAGUGUGACACGCUACAUGCUUAAUGUGACACGCUACAUGCCUACUAUGACACGCUACAUGCUUAAUGUGACACGCUACAUGCCCGGUGUGACACGCUACAUGCUUAAUGUGACACGCUACGUGCCCAGUGUGACACGCUACGUGCUCAGUGUGACACGCUACAUGCUUAAUGUGACACGCUACAUGCCUACUAUGACACGCUACAUGCUUAAUGUGACACGCUACGUGCCCGGUGUGACACGCUACAUGCUUAAUGUGACACGCUACAUGCCUACUAUGACACGCUACGUGCCCGGUGUGACACGCUACGUGCCCGGUGUGACACGCUACGUGCCCGGUGUGACACGCUACGUGCCCGGUGUGACGCGCUACGUGCCCGGUGUGACGCGCUACGUGCCCGGUGUGACACGCUACGUGCCUACUUUGACACGCUACGUGCCUACUAUGACACGCUACAUGUCUACUAUGACACGCUACAUGUCUACUAUGACACGCUACAUGUCUACUAUGACACGCUACAUGCCCGGUGUGACACGCUACAUGCUUAAUGUGACACGCUACAUGCUUAAUGUGACACGCUACGUGCCUACUAUGACACGCUACGUGCCCGGUGUGACACGCUACAUGUCUACUAUGACACGCUACAUGCCCGGUGUGACACGCUACGUGCCCGGUGUGACACGCUACGUGCCCAGUAUGACACGCUACAUGCUUAAUGUGACACGCUACGUGCCCAGUGUGACACGCUGCAUGCCUACUAUGACACGCUUUAUGCUUAAUGUGACACGCUACGUGCCCAGUGUGACACGCUACAUGCUUAAUGUGACACGCUGCGUGCCCCGUGUGACACGCUGCGUGCCCCGUGUGACACGCUUAUAUGACAUGUUAUGUUGCAUGUAAUGUGACAUGCUGUGCUACAUGUCAUAUACUAUGCUGCAUGUAAUGUGACAUGCAACAAAUGCCAUGCAUGCUACCUAUAAUAUUGCACAUACUCCGAAAAUAUUGUGCAGUGACUCUGUGUGCAUCCCAGUAACCUCUCUGUUUCAUGACUUUCCAGGCUGCAAUGAUCCACAUGAAUUGUCACAUCCUCUAUAGUGCCCAUGUCAUAUAGGAUGUCAGACUUUACCCCUUCUUGCAUGUGUGGAUAAUUUAGAAACCCUGUUUGCAUCACAUCGCCCUCACCAGCACUCAGCCCAGAGAUUACCAUAAUCAGUCAGUAUUUACAGAGCUCAUACUGAUCAUGUUCUUUGAAAUGCCAACCCUCACUCCUACAUGGAUUUCUCAGUGUUGAGUUUUCUCUGUAUGCAACACACUACUCUCUGCCAUCAUCCAUGUUUCCAUUUGCAUUGCAAAUAAAGGAUGCAAUGAUCAAUUCUAUAGUAUUGCCAUACAUCAAACAUGUGUGCCUUCAAAACGUGUAUGUUACAUAAUAAAUUAAUAUUCACCCCGUUUGUGAUCUGAUAAGAAAGUAUGGUUAUAGGCCCCAAUCUAUAAAGGCCUAUUUUACUACCCCACUACCGUCCUCUAUGCCCACACCUGCUUGUCAACUGAAAAGAUGGCAUGUUAAUCAUCUGUGUACAGCUAGACUCCACAUAUUGCUCAUACCUGCAUGUAUAAGUAAUACCUUGUAUGUGCGUUCUAUAACUCACAUUUUGUAGAAAUUGUAUUUUGUCACUAUACUACAACAUGAAAUUAUAUUACUAUUUAUACUCAACACUAAUGUAUUCUAUGUGUGGUUUUUGUGAGCGUUCAUAUUUAUGAUAAUGUGCAUACGCUUGGUGAUUUUAUUAAUUUUUGCAUAAAUUAUCAGUAGGCUGACCGAUUGCCAAAUAAAUGCAGAAUAAUUUUUCCCUUUUUUAAAUUUUUAUUUUAUUUUAAUUAUUUUAAAUAAAACCAUUUUAUGUCACUGUUUAUGUAUAUUGGCUUGCAAUGCCAACUUAUAAAUUAAACAAAUGAUUGUCUUCAGCCGGCCUGGUUUCCUGCAUUCCUUGUAAUGAUGGUAAUGCACAAUAUAUUCUGCAAACCAGUAGUGGUCUCUUUUUUUCUGAUUUGUUUACUUUCUAUCUAAAAGGAAGUGAAGUAUUACUGUAUAAAAACUCACUUCCUCAUUAAAAAUAAAUGCAAGUUGUAGAAUUAAAAUAUCUAGGUAUUAUAUGUAGGGUGAACCACUGUGACAUAUCACUGGCCAUGCUGAUAUUAAAAGGACAUUUAGACAUUGACUUGGGGCCUUGAUUGAAAAGCAGUUUAGGUGAAAGAAAGUGUUUUCUAAAUAUACUGUAAGGAAGUGCAUGCACAGCCCUCCAUGUCACAUGCAAAUGAUCCUGCAGUUACGAGUGACGUGCCAGCCUCUCAUUCUACACUAUUCCUGUUUGCUGUGCUGCAAUGGGAGACUGCCUCUGUUUCUUGAGAGCUAGACCUUGUACUGUGUGUGGAGUGUUUUUUAUUUUUUCUUAUUGAAUGGAAUGUUGUGUAACUGGAUCCUAUCACUGAAAAUGAUGAUUAGACUGUGUAACUUCUAGCAAGAGAGGUAUUUUUUUUUUCCGCUUUAACCCAUUUUUGUUCAGUCUGAUCUGGCAUGUUUUAUAUAUUAUCUCUGUAUCAUUAAUAAAAAUAUAAAUAUAUAAUUUUUUAUUUUUUUUGUGGUUUGUUUUAGAGAGAGAGUGUGUGUAUGGAAGUUAGAACAUACUCCUUAAAGCAAUAUUGCAAGUGCAAUUUUUGGCAUUCAUUUGGUGUUUAUAAGAGUUUACUGCGGUAGUAACAAGGAAUGAGUGAAUAACCAGUACCUUAUGUGUGAAAUAGAGUACUAAGUCUUUAAGGUGUGCAGCUGACCUCCCAGUCGCUGUUACAUCCACUCCCUAAAUAUUUCCUGCAGGAGAUACUAGGUAAAAAUAAGUGAAAGUUUAUUAAAACAUUAGGUCUGUUAAUGACAUAUCUACCAAUUAACUGAUUAUGUUUGGGUGCCUGACCUAUAUACUGUGGUAUUGAACGUUAUUACAGAUCUAACCCUAUGGGUUCUUUGCUAUGCUGUUCUGCACCCAGAUUUUAGUUGAGUUACGAAAGCGUAAUUUAUCAUACAGAAAAUGAUAUUUUUGUGUAGAUUUUCUUGACAGUGAUGUACUGGCCCACAAUGUACAACAGAAAAGUAAUUUCCCUUUUAUAGCUAAAACCUAAACUUCAGAGCAAAGAGACUGUUGCAUUUUAUAGUUGUGCUUUAUAAAAUAUUUAUCUCGUUAUACAUUGGUUUAUUUGGGUUUGUCAAGUAGCAAAUUAAAGUGUGUGCACAAAAUCGAUAUGCCUGUCUUGACAUGUAAUAAAAGUUGCCAUUUGUAUUAUGUAAAUAAACUUAAUGCAUUGUAUUAAUUAAAAAUUAGGUGGGCAAAAAAUGUACUUGCUGUGUAUUUCCAGGAUUUGUAGUUUUUGCAGGGGCCCUCUUAAGACUAGAAAUUGUUUGAUAUUUCUCCUGCUAUAUUGUACAGACUCACACCAUUUCUCUGAAAAGGGAAUGUUGAUCAAAUUCAAUGCUCAGAAGUUUGUAAGGCAUGUAGUUCAACAUUCUAUCCUGCUUGGAAUAAAGGAUUACUCCAAUCACCAUGGUCAAUUCUGCUACCAUUGUGAUCAGCGUGGUAGGACUCUGGAUGUGCAAUGUUUCUGCUUGCAGUUGUGAGCUAUGGGGCUAGUUACACCACUUGCACAUAUGACAUUAGUCGCCUCAAACUCUGUUCUGGACUCCCAAAUGUCAAUUUUGUUCACAUUUUACAACUGACGUCAGUGCUUUUUUCCCCUUGCAUACAGAGCCUGCAAGAGACGUUUGUCUCUCCUUUUUCCUUAACUGCAGCCCUUCUUAUCCCCUUUGCUAUUUUAUUUUAUUUUUUUCUACAUGCUCCCUCGCCCCUCUCUCUUUGCCAAUUCAGAGUGUACUCAUUUUGCUUGAGCUGGUUAGAAGGUCCAAUCAAAGGCUUGUUUAUGAAAAGCCUUUGUUUGGACAUCCCCGCUGCUCCCGCUCAACUCUGCAUUUAACAUAAGUAAUACUUAAGCGUUUUUUGUUUUUUUUUCUCUGUGUUUUUGGGGGAUAACGAAUAAUGACAAGUAGGGCAUUAUUCGAAGAAGGAAACCUUUUAAUGAAGGAGCAUCACUCUGCGCAACUAUGACAGGUUGAAAAUAUCAGUUGACUUAUUUUCAGCCUAUCAGUGCGCCAAUUGCUGGUAUGGCUAGUAAAAAGUUUGUAAUCUCUCUUUGCCUGCAGUAGGGGCCGGCUGUUGUUGGCCAUUGUUAAUGUUAAACUACUCAAAAUGGGGUUAACGUUGAAUGCAGAACCUCACCAGAGGACUACAGACAAUAAAACCAGUUCAUUGAUAUGAAAUUGUCAUAGUGAUUAGUGUCCUUUAAAAAAAAAAAAAAAACAUAUAAAAACCUAUAAGCAUUCGCAUAUCAACAAUUAACUUGCUAAGUAACUCCAUUCGUGUUUUUUAUUUUCCGGAAUAGAGCUAGGAUUUGUAUGCAAAUGGAAGAAGGCAUGUGGGGCUAGUGCUGCUGCAGGUUUUUAAGGGGAUAUGUAAGUCUUUGUCAGUGUAUGGGUUUUACUGUCAUGGGGUGUGUGUGUGUGUGUGUGUGUGUGUGUUUAGGUUACCAGACCCCUUCCGUUCACGAAGAAAUGGUGUUUUUACUGUUUUGUUUUUUUCCUCAAGCCGUGCUGGUCUCCCCUCAACUGGCCCUGCCUCUAUGGCGGAGAUCAUCAAGCUUGAUCAUCUCAGCCAAUCCAAUGUUUUCCCAUAGAAUUGGCUGCAAAAAUCAGCAUCUUAUCAUAGAGAUGCAUUGAAUCAAUGCAUCUUUAUGGGGAACAUUCAGCGCUACCAUGCAGAGGGUGGAGACGCUAAAUGUAGGUGCUGCACAUUGACACAGGAAGCACCUCUAGUGACCAUCUGAGUGAAUCACUAGAGGUGUCACUAGGAAGCAAUGUAAACAAUGCCUUUUCUCUGAAAAGGCAGUGUUUACAUUGAAAAGCCUGCAGGGAUAGGCUAUAGACACCAGAACCGUUACAUUAAGCUGUAGUGGUCCUGGUGACUAUCGUGUCCCUUAAAGAAUUGUAUUUUUGUUGUUGAAUUUAAAGCAAUGUAAAUUAAAAAAAAAAAAAAAAAAAUGGCUACUAAUUUUUCUUUUUUUUUUUUAGCUGGCUCCUAGAUUUAAAGCAAAUGUGUCAAGCCCUGCUUUAGCCUAUGCAGUGCUCAUGCCAUUUAUAAAGGGGUGUGACCACAUAAACCCAGCUUGUGAAACUUCACUUGCAACACAUUCUGUAAGCUGUAUCAACAUUGAAAUCACUAGGUAUGUAGCUCUGGCUGAUUUGCAAAACAUCGUGAACUACAGGUUUCUGGGUGUUGGGCUUGUGAGCUGAAAUGUCUGGUUUGUAUAGAGAAAACCAGAAUACGAUAACUGAAGUGCGUGUUUAAAGAGACACUACAGUCACCAGAACUACAGUAAACACUGUUUUUUCAGAGAAGAGGCAGAUGGCUACUAGAGGUGCUUCAUGGGGCAGUGCUGCACAGUAUGACUGAUAUUCAGUGUCUCCACCCCUCUACAUGGAGACACUGAACUUUACUCAUUGAUUCAAUGUAUCUCUAUGAUGAGAUGCUAAUUGGCCAGGGUUGUGUUUGGCCCGUGCUGGCUCUCCCCCAACCUACAAUCAUGGCAGUCUUGGCCCACCUAAUGUUUUCCUAUAGGAAAGCAUUGUGAUUGACUGAGAUCAGCACCUCUGAUCAUGUCAGCCAAGGGGGCAGAGCCAGCACCAGCAGACUGGAAUAGAGGUAAGAAUUUACUAUAUUUGGUGGUAGGUCAGGGGCUAGAAGGUGGUUUUAACAAUAUAGGAAUAUGUUUGUGUUCGACUUACAGUGUUCCUUUAAGAAUACAAAACACUUACAGUGUUCCUUUAAGAAUUCUUAAGACAAUAGUUUGCCCUGUCCCUAACUUAUUAGCCCCCUUCACCACCACAUGCUGUCCUGAACCAUUAACCCCCCCGCCCCCCUUUUUUUUUCACUUACCUGUUUCCAGGUCAAGGUCUCCUGUGUCAUCAGGCCAAAGGGGGGACCUAAUGCUUAUGCAAACGACUACUUUCCUAUGGGGGAUUUGGAGUUGCUGGACGUUCUCCUUCAAAGUGUGAGAAUGUCCAAUGUUGUUUCACGGAGUUAAAGAGCCAUGAAGCACCUCUAGUGGCUGGCUGAAGGGAGGGAAAUGAGAAAAAAAACCAUUAACUUACCACAAAUCAGAAAAUAUAAAAUGACUUUGUAGUUCCAGCUUUCUUUCCUCCAUAUUGUGAAUACAGCCAGCACAUCCAUGUUAUUUACAAUAUAUGCCAUGCUGGCCUCACGUAGAAUUUAACUAAAACCUAACAUGUACAUUAAAUAUUGCGGCUUAUAGCUAACUUUAAGCUAUUGGGUUGUGCAAAAAUAUAAGGGGAUUAUUCUGCUUUAAUUCGUAUCUUCAAAGGAUCACCACAAGCACACAAAGCACUUCAGCUGUUUGCCCCGUGUUUAUUUUUUAAAAAUAUAUAAAAGUGCAUAUUUCAAUAAAAAACUGUACUUUUAUAACAAAGUCUCGUUGUUGAGUUGUACUAUAGCUCAUUGAGAAAUCUGUGGUUGGACAGCAGCCUGCUGUCACGAUACCUGCCCCUUGUGGCACUGUGCGAUCGCAGAAGUGAUUUCUCUUCUGUGUUCCGAUGCACACCUACUCAUUCUUAGCUUCCUGGUGCCUCAUUAUGACAUUCUAUAUGAUAUGGAACACUUUUUUUAUUUUUUUUUUUUAAUAAUGUCAGUCUGCGGUGCUUGUUGAUGAUGUGUAGACACUUGUGACAUCAUAGCCCUGUGUAACCAAUCACAACCCAGUAUAGGGUGUAUAUACUUCCUGGUUGUGCUUGUUUUCUUGCCCUGUCGUGGUUCUUGUUCGACUUGUUUGACCAUUCUUGCUCUCUGUUAUCUCGACCUUGGCCUGACUAUCUAUUCUGUUUAUCUCUGUUAUCCUAGACCUCUGCCUGUCUCUCGUUUACUCUCUGUCUGCUUGCAGUCACUUCAUUUAUCUGUCUCGGGCGUUAGCCGGGCCGCUCUAAGGACCGGUAGCCCCUUUACGGUUUCUUUAGGUUAUCUCCACUCCUGACACUGGAUGCCCAGCUGGCCCACAAGUUUUUUUUCAAAGUCUCUGACGUUUUAAAAAAAAAAAAUGAAAAAAAAAAGAGGUUGUGGUAAUUGCAAUUACUAGAUCUCUAGCUGUUGCAUGCUGUUUUCAUAUACCUAGUAGAAAACAUGCAAGUUUUAUGUACUAUUUUUAUAUUUUUUUUUAAUAAAAUGCUAUUUUGUUAAGUGUAGUGUUCAUUUUAAAGACUGCUAUUAAACUUCUUUCUUCUAUAGCCAUCUUACUUGGAUAUACUUAUUCUAUGUUUACAUAUUUAUAGAUAGUCAUCAAAACCACUGCUUUGAAAUGAAAGGCCCAGCUGAAUGUGCAUGUUCUCCUAAUUUUAAUUCUAUUUGGAGGUCACCAAUAUUGCGCUUUCAAGUGUUAGAAACUGUAUGUUUGUUUCCUCUUCUUUGAGAGCGUAAAAUGUGAGAAAUGAAUGUGUUGUACCUUGCUACUUUUUGUUAUAUUAAACAAGCUUUAUUCGUUGCAAUGCCAAAUUUGGUACUCUGUUUAAGAUGUCUUUCAACCUUCCAGGGCUCCUUUUAAUUAAACUCUUUUUUUUUUUUUUUGAGGCUAAGCCAAAUGUUUUAUUCAUUUUACUGCCAGAAAAGUCCCUCUGGUUUGCAAAUAUUAAAAAGAAAUUGGAGAUCUUAAUCUCGAGUACAAGAUGUGUAAUACCUACACAUGUUAAACAAUCAAUAAUUUUUUUUUUUCUCUCUCUCUCUCUCCUUUUCUCCACAGUAGGGAUAUGUCCUCAGCACCAACCACUCCUCCAUCAGUGGAUAAAGUAGACGGAUUUUCUCGGAAGUCCGUCAGGAAAGCAAGGCAGAAGAGAUCGCAAAGCUCUUCUCAAUUCAGGUCUCAGGGGAAGCCAAUUGAGUUAACGCCUCUUCCUCUGUUAAAAGGUAAGGAUCACAGUACACCUAGGUGUGGAGUUAUUUAAUUGCUCCAUUGUGCUUCAUUUUAUAGGACUGUUCAUCUCUGGCAAAUGACAACUUGAUAUAGAAUCGUAUAUCCUUUGUUAUGUUAAAACAAAAAAUUCCCAUCCCAAAAAUUUACAUCUGCAUUAAUUGUGACUUGAAAAGUGUUUUGUUUUGUAUUUAAUGAAACCUAUAUCCGUUGCUGUUCCAAACUAAACGCUGCAUCAAGUGAUAUCAUUAGAGUGUAUUUGUAAAACAAUGGUAAACCUGUUUUUUGUUCAUUGAAGGUGCUCUGUUCGCAAUAAACAAAUUUAGUCUGACUCCAGUUGAGAAGGAUCUGAUUGUUCUUCAAAUCUUGUUUUUGUGCUUAAGAAAGAAUAUACUCUAAAACCCUAUUACUGCACAGAUCACAGAGCAUCGCUAAACAACUUUCUAAGAUCCUGCAAAGGGACACUGAAAGAUGGAAUUAUUAUAUAGAUAAGGCAUUAAAAUUAUGGAAAAGAUAAAAAGUAUCCUAGUGGUUGUACUUGGUAAGCUGUUAUUCCUGUUGGUGCUCACUAACUGCAUCAAAACAAGGAACCAAUCAGUGCAAGCGUAUGAGUACGGCUGAAGGUGUGAGUGACCUCCUGCUAAUACACACCUGAUCCCUGUUACCUUACGGAGCACAUGCUAUUGUUUCCUAAUGUUUCAAUGCAAGUGCUCCUCAUGCUACGGACCAUCAUAUUACAUGAGAAUUUUUACUUCCUGUUUUCUGUUGGAGAUGGAAAUUAUUAUGCAAAUUUUACCUGCAGAGUUCUUAUUAUUUUAUGUUUAAAAACAAAAAAAGCUGGACACCUUCCAGCAUACAUAUUUAGCUGUCUUACCUUAAAGGAAUACUCCAUGCCCUAAAGAAGUAGAGCUUGCUGUAGUAUGUCAGGGGUUAAUUGGCUGUCCCCUUUGUGGUAAAACUAUAAUAUAAAACUACAAAUUAUUUUUUUUAGAGGGAUUGGUACAUUUUACAAAAGUAAUUGGUUGCUCCCUCCUAGCUGUCUAUCAGACACCUGGACGGAUUUCCUGCUUCACUCGCUUUGAAACCUUGUGAGUGUUUUUCAGUGCUUCUCUGUGAAGCAUUUUGAUUGGAGAAGUAUGGCAGUUUUCAUGCUUUGUGAGACUGCGUGAAUUGGAACUUUCGUAAUAGGGGGUGGUGUGGAGUUGUGGUGAAAAAAAUUAGUGUUUUUUGUUUUUUAUUAAAACAUUGAUGGUAUAAAUCUACACACAAAGGAAAACUUCAAAGGUAGAAAUACACAUUUUUUACUAUGGAGAGUUCUUUAAUCUUUAUUAUCAAAGAUAAUGUGUUUUUAUGUGCAUCUUCUGUCGAUUUUUAUUUUAAACAAAAUGGCACAUUUUUCCUCAAUCUCUGACCAUCGCUUAUUGGUUACAUAGUAUAACACAAUCAGUCUUCCUAAUUAGUAAUAUGAGUGACAAAACAAUCACAAAAUCAGAUUUACUUAGCUGCUGUGAAUGAAGAGGCAGAACCUGGUACAGAAAUCCUAAAAAAGGGUUCUUUUCGCAUUCAAUUUAAUCUCCUGUAUGUGCAUAUUUAUAUGUGGCAUGAAUUUGACUGGAUGGUCUUAUAAUGAUUGGAUAAUCGUCUUAACAGAAAGUAGCUCAAACAUGUGGACACUCAGACUUGCUAAACUUGGCCACUUUGGUUUUUGCUUGUAAAUAUAUUGUUACAAUAUGGCAUUCUGUCCAGACAUGGAACCCAAGCAGUAUAAUAUUAUUAUUGUACCUUUGUAGCUGCUGCUUAUUUAGUCUUUACAUCUGCGUUUCUGUUAAUGGAAUUUCUGACAGUGCAUCUCGUUUGAUGUACCCAUCCUCACAACCUGUUUUUAGAGAGGUAUUUCUCGUUGGCACUUGCUCCCUGCUGCUAACGGGAUUGAGAAAAGGUGUGCAUAUUGUAUUUAUUGUUUGAACAAUAGUUUUAUUCGUUGCAGAAUGUAUUCUAAUUUUUACUGUGCGAUGUUUAGUGUGCUUUGUCUGCGUUAUGGCCUUGUUAAACUGUUGUCCUUUUAAAAUGUAGGUGCCAACACACAUUUUGUCCAUACAUAGUUUUUGCUGAAUUUGUAUCAAAUGUAUUGCAUGUUGAACUAAAGGGGAAUGAAAUAUUAUAUUAUGGAAAUACUAUGGCAUGCGGCGAUUUAUGCUCAACCUGAGACACUCUGAAUGUAAAGGUGGUGGUGGUGUAGGGUUUCUCCUUUCUCCUCACUGCUCCUUCAAACCUCUACCCACCCCCCUUUCCUUCUCUUUCCCAUCAUUUGAAUUGUAUUCAAUUCAUCUUUUCAAACCCUUCUCUAACAUUGCUGUUUAUUGUCCUCCUGGUUCCCCUCUUCUCUUCCUUGACCACUUUGCUGCCUGGUUACCCUAUUUCCUCUCUUCUAAUAUUCUAUCCCUAAUUUUCGGGGACUUCAAUAUUCCCAUUAACCCACCUUUUGACCUCAGCAGCCUCCAAACUACUUUCAAUUAGUUCCUCCCUCAGGCUAUCGCAGUGGGCUAAUUCUCUCACCCAUGUAGCUGGCAAUACCCUCAACCUCAUUUUCUCUUAUGCAUGUACAGUAUCUAAUAUCUGCAACACUCCAUUUCCUCUCUCUGAUCACCACCUCGUAUUGUUUGCUCUCAAGUACCUCCUCACCUAACAACCUCAGCUUAACCCCCCUCAACUCAGGAGAAACCUUAAUUCUAUUGACUGUCAGCUGAUAUUGAUUCACAACUGCCAUCCAUCCUGUCCCUCAUUGGCCAUCUCCACAUAUAACACUAUUCUCACCUCUGCAAUGGAUGCUGCAGCUCUGCUCCAAGCAUGCAACUCAAGGAGGACACCUCCUCCCCAACCGUGGCAUACUAAGUCAACACGCUACCUGCAAAAAUACUCCCGUUGUGCUAAACGCUCCUGGAGGAAGUCUUGCACCCAGGCAGACUUUCUCCAUUAUAGAUUCAUAUUGUGUUCAUACAGAGCAGCCCUUGCUCUCGCCAAACAGUCCUACUUUUCCUAUCUUAUUAGUUCAUGUUCCCGCAAGCCCAGGCGUCUUUGACACCUUUUAAUUCUCUUUUUCGCCUUGCUGUGGCCACCACACAAACUAACCUUACUGCCGAUAGCUUUGCAUGUUACUUUACUGACAAGAUUGAGCUCCCCACCUUGCCGUUCUCUUUCUCAACUACAGAUCAUGCCUUUCCUACCCUUCAGACUUUCUCCCCGGCUACUGAACAAGAGGUAGCUGCACUUAUCCUUUCCCCUCGCUCCACCACUUGCCCGCUUGAUCCUGUACCAUCUCGACUUAUCAGAUCUCUCUCCACUUGUCUUGUGCCUUCCUUAAUGUACAUCUUCAAAUGCUCUCUCCCUCUUCUGGCAUUGUCUCUGCUGAUCUUAAACAUGCCACUGUAGUACCUAUCCUGAACAAAAACAUCUCUUGACCUGUCCUUCUCCCUUUAAAUAUCGUGCUAUAUCCCUACUCCCUUUUUUUCCUCCAAGCUUCUGGGAAGCCUUUUUUUUUUUUUUUUUUUAAACCUGUGUGUCUCACUUCCUCAAUUCCAACUCUUUUUUUCCUUGACCCUCUUCAAUCUGGAUUCCACCCUCUCCAAUCUACUGAGACUGCGCUUAUCAAAGUUACUAAUGACCUAAUCGCAGCUAAAUCCAAAGGCCACUACUCCAUACUAAUUCUUCUUGACCUCUCUGCUGCCUUUGACACUGUUGAACAUGCUCUCCUUCUUCAAUCACUUGGUCUCUGUGACUCUGUCCUCUCGUGGUUUUCCUCCUAUAUCUCCCAACGCUCAUUCAGUGUCUCCUUUACUAAUGAAACCUCCUCCCCUCGUCCUGUCUCGGUUGGAGUCCCCCAAGGCUCCGUCCUUGGUCCCCUUCUAUUUUCUCUUUAUACUGCCUCUCUUGGCAAACGUAUUACCUCAUUAGGAUUCCACUACCACCUGUACGCUGAUGACACCUAGAUAUAUCUCUGUCCUGCAAAGCGUCACUGCUUGUCUUUCUUCCAUCUCUGACUGGAUGUCCUCUCUAAAACUGAGCUCCUUGUUUUUCCUCCUCCUAAUACCGAUCCUCCUCUUUCGCUCUCCCUUCAAGUUAGUGGUAUUCAAAUAAGUCCAUCCUUGCAAGCACGCUGUCUUGGCGUCCUACUUGAUUCUGGCCUCACAUCUGAUAUGUUGCUAAAUCCUGUAGAUUCAACCUUAAAAACAUUGCCCGCAUCCGCCCCUUUCUUAAGCAAGAUGCUACCAAGGAGCUUGUCCAUGCUCUAGUAAUUUCCUGCAUGGAUAUUUGUAACCCUCUCCUAGUUGGUCUUCCCAAAAGCCAUAUUGCCCCGCUACAGUCUAUAAUGAAUGCUGCCGCCAGACUGAUUUUCCUCUCUAGUCAGUCCUCUCACACCUCACCCCUCUGUCAGUCCUUACAUUGGCUUCCUGUAUCCUAUAGGAGUCAAUUCAAGGUAUUAAUUCACACCUAUAAAGCACUGAACAACUCUAGCCCAUCUUAUCUCUUCACAGAUCCAUAGGUAUGUCCCUUCUCUGUCUCUCUGCUCUGCCCGUUAUCUCUUCACAGAUCCAUAUGUAUGUCCCUUCUCUGUCUCUCUGCUCUGCCCGUUACCUUCUCCUGUCCGUUGUUCGUACCCAUACAGUCAACUCACGUUUGCCGGACUUCUCGCGGGCGGCUCCCUUCCUAUGGAAUAGCCUGCCUACCGCCAUCAGACUCUCCCCUAGUCUUGCAUCUUUUUUAAGAAGUGCCUUAAAACCCAUCUCUUUAGGAAAGCUUAAAGCCUCCCAGAGUAACUUCUACCUCACCGGUCUCUUGCUCUCUCCUAAAGGGCAGUGCUUCACUCCCACCUUAUUUGAUUGUGAAUUCCUGUCCUAUUGUGUUUUAUACCCCACUUCCUAUGGACUGUAAGCUCGUUUGAGCAGGGCCCUCUUCAACCUAUCGUUCUUGUAAUUGUCCUAUUUAUAAAUAAAUUCCCCCUCUCAUAAUAUUGUAAAGCGGUACGGAACCUGUUGGCGCUACAUAAAUGGCAAUAAUAAUAACUCUUUAAAGGGACACUGUAGUCACUAUAACCAUUUCAUCUCUUUGAAUUGGUUAUAGUGCUUGGAGUGCCCUGGCACUGUCCCUCCACUCGGUGUUGCACCAUGUUCAUGCAGUAUGCCACAAAAUAAGAGUCCCUGGCCACCUACAGUCCAGCCCCUUCUGUAUGUGUAGCUGAGGCAGAGAUUACACACUUCCUUGUUGUCAUACCCAUUCAUACCAUCAGUUGGAGCUCUGACAGGCUGAAAGCAGUCACCUGACACUCUCCGCCAAUCACAGCUGUCCAUUGCUGCUUAGGCUAAUACUUCCUUAUUAGCCAAAGCUGCACAAAUGGGAUGGACUGCCAGGGACUCUUGUUUAGCAUUAAAACAUAAAAACAUUAAAAACUGUUUAAUGCUGAAAGAAAUUAUGGUACCAGGGGACUCCAGACACUAUAACCAGUUUAUUGAGAUGAAGCAGAUACAGUGCCUACGGUUUCCCUUUAAAUCUUAUCAGUUCUCCAAAAAUAUCUGUGCAUGACUGUCACUCUGUGCUCCUGUGUACGAGCACAUGUGCUAACUCCUUCCCUAAGUUUCCGUUAUGACAACUGAAUUCAGAUACCCUGUAUAAAUAUCACAAUAUGGUAGCCUGUGAAAUGCAGAGUUUAGUUUUAUCAAAUUGGGCACAGCUUGUGUGCUGCAUGCUGUAUCUCUCAAAACUCCCAUCAAACUGUUAUGCACAGGAAAAUAUGCCUUUUGUGGCUUACCUGUCUCUUUAAACACACACACAAAUCUUAACUUCUUUUUUAAUUUAAAAAAAAAAAAAAUGUAUUUAUAUGGCUUGGCAGGAUUCCAAAAUACUUGUAAUGUUUUCACUUACCUAACUGGUCCAAGAAUGCUCUUCACAUCCAUUAUACAUGUCUACUUGCAACCGGCUACAUUCCAUUCAUUGGCUGCCUGUUUUGUACAUGUUUUAAAUAUAUGGAAGCUUCUCUCUAAUUGGUGGAAUAGAGAGGGUAUGUCUAAAGCCAGUAUAUAUUUUUAAUUCAGGGACUCCACGUUGAUUUUUAUGGCUUAUGGGUUCAAAUUUGCAAAAAUUAAAAAACCUAAAGGGUAUAUUCACUCCUUUUUAUGGGAAGAAUUCUGCUGCAAUAGAAAUUCAUUGACCAGAGAAUCAUGGGGGAUACUGUAAAGGGAUAGAUGGUGCCCAUCUGCCAGUGCUGUUAGUUCAGCGACUGUAGCAGAACAUUGCUGUCCCCUUCUCUGCCAUCUAAAGCUGUGGUGCUCAGAACAUAAAUCCCCAGAUAUUUUCGUUCUAAACAUCUGGAGGAUCUAAUGUUUGGGCACCCUUUAUGUAAAUCAAUGAUUUCCAUGUAGAUAAUAAAAUGAUGUGUAUCUUGAAAGUGCAUGCCAUUCAUUGUGUGUUUAUAUUAAUACUGUGUGUAAGACCUCUUGCUUCUAGUAAAGAAGCAACUGUUUGUAAGUAAUUCAAAUCGUUAAGAUGGUUUUUACUUCUUCUGACCACUCCCUGCUUCCACCACCGCUACAGGAGAGCUCUCUGCCAACGAACUGGCCCUUAACUCAGGGCUCGAGGAAGGAAUAUAAAUUGUGCCUCGGUUUGGUUACAGUACAUUUGUAAAAUGUGAUCCUGCCUGUUGUAUUUUUUGCUUAUCAAUUCGCAUUGCUCUGCAAUUGUAAAUCUGAGUAACUCCUGUCUUUAAUAAAACUAGAUUUUGUUUUGAUGUUACUUGGAAUUUGCAGAGUCAUAACUAAAUGAUAUACGGCAGAUAAAUGCCAUAGGCAAGAGGACAGAUGACAUGUGAAUGUACACGGUUUUGUAACGUAUGAGAUUUUAGGGAUAGUUUAUAUUUGUCCCAGUUGGUUUUCUAGAAUUUAUUAUGUAUUUUAUUCCCACCCCCCCCCCUUUCAUUCUCUCUCUUCUUGUAUUUUUAAAUAGGUGUUUAUUAGCGAUAGAAAGUGGGGGUGACUGUAUGGCCCACUGUUAGUUGUACAUCUAAUAAACUGAUUGUGCUGGUGAAGUUGCUAGAAAAUGUAUGGAUUUAAAAUCCAUGUGUGCCUUACGGUAGCUUACACCACCUCCAUGAUUACCACCGUGGCUGUAUGAUCGCAUAUAUGUGAGCAGACCACACUUAAAAUGGACAUGGUGCAACCAGCACUUAAAGCUUACUCGCCACUGCACGUUAUAUCAUAUCCUCCUGGGUGAAUUUCUAUUCGACUGGCCUAAAUUUUCACUAGCCAAUUGCGAGUGGUGAGUGGAAAUUUUGAGCCCUGAUAUGAAUGAUUUAAGAACUUGGCAAGUUGUGUGUAUUUUUUUGUGGAUAGGCACCAUUCUGUGAAGUGUCUCUUCGGGGCAUGUUUGAGGCCUCGAUUCUAAAUAUAGAGAUUAGUAGAAAAUUAUAUAUACCACUUUUUCUUUUUUUUAAAUUACUUUUUUUUUUUUUUUUUAACUAGAAUUUUAGUAAACCUGUAUAAACAUUAAAAAUUUGGGGAAGGACAUUUUAAAUCCUCACCCCCCCCCUUAAAAAAAACCAAAAAAAAAAAAAACCCCAAACAAACAAAACAUGUCUUCCUUCCCCCAUUUCUCUCCAUCUCUGCUUCACCUGCCUGGAGCUGUUUGGCUCUGCCCAACGGGAUCUGUGGAAUAUCCAAGUGGGGUCUUCAUAGCUAAUUUUGUUAUAAUAAGGUGCCAUGAGCAUCUGUUGUGCAUCACUCGUUCAUGCAUGUUCUAUCAGCUGUUGUGACUGAUAAUGGAAUGGAAAUCUCUUUUUGAUAGUCUUGGAAUUCUUUGAAACUGUUUUUUUUUUUUUUAAUUUAAUUUUUUUUUUAAUUUAUUUUAAAUCAGAAUCUAUUUUUAUGAAGCACACAAUUGUUGUAGCCACUUUAAGCUUUAUACAUGAAUGUUGUCUGCGUGCUUGAAGUGACUCAUAGUAACAACCUUGCAUUUUUUUUAUAUUUAAUACAGUUUUCAAAUGAUUACAUAUAAGCUUUAUAUUUUAAGCUCCAGUGCAAUGUUGUGCUUCUAAGCAUAUUGCAGAAUGUUAUUAAUUUCCGUAUCAGAGGAGUAGGUAGUCUUUCAUUCAUUCUAAGUUAACCUCUAUACAUGGAUAAACCUAAUAAACCGUUUUGCCCUCUUGGUUUUUACAACUGCAAAAUGUCAUUUCUAAAGAUUCUCCUCAGUGUUUUGGUGUGUGAGAUUUACCAUGCCGAGAAAUAAAAUGCUUUUAAAAAAGAAAAAAAAAAGAUUAAUAAUUUUUUUGUUUUGAGUGUUGUGUGUGGGUUUUUUUUUUAUCUGUCAGAUACAGAAGACCCUGAAGAUUGUGGAUCUUACAAUUUAUUAUGUUGGAACCUUCAUCCAUUUAUUAAUUGCUGGUAAAAAGGAGUUCAGAGACACAUUUUAAACAGACAGGGCAACAGUUUUUCAAUGCAAAUGUCUGCCAGUCCUCGAUAAGCUUGACAAAGACAGCUGGGGGGAGGAGAUUGAAUAAGCAAUGUUAACUUGGGGAAGUGGUGUUGAAGCUUUGCUUUAUUUUUGGAUCUGUUCUGUUACUGUGUGUCAGAGUAACACUUUCUUUGCAAGAAAUCAGAGUAUCUUGCAUCUCACACACAAGUUGCUAGUUCAUGAUCGUAGAGCAGCAUGCUGUUGAUGUGUUUUGAAAUGGCCGUGUGUGGAUGGAUAGUACCCAACGUGGUAGUACCUCCUUAUUGUGCUCCCCAACUCUGAGUUAAAUGAACGGCGAGGCAGAUGUUUGAAAGCAAAUCGAGUGUCAAAGGUUAGGUGGCAGACUUCAUAGUUUGGAACAUUCAACCCAUCUCAAGGCCCUGCAAGACCUCUGGUUUACUGGGCUGCUUUUUGCAAGAUUUAUUUCUGUUCCCUAUUGUAGACUAAGAAACUGAUCGUAUCUUCGGUGUAUACUUUUUAGAGUGCUUUUUCUUGGAUCUCUCAGGCACAUGUUGAAGCUGGAAUUUUUGUAAACAUUUUUUUAAAAUUUUUUUUUACUAGGUAGCAUUUUUAACACACUUGACGCACAAGCAACAAUUUGACACUGUCAUUAUUUCAGAUGUUAUCCGUAGCACCAUGAUAGCUUGAACUAUAAGGAAAUGUCCAGAAUGUUAUUGUUGGCGGUAUGUGUGCUAGAAAAGCCACGUAGCACUGUAUAAAAACUGCUUUGCUGGUUUAAUGGUUAACGCCAUACUGCGCUCGAUGUUUUGAGAGUUCGUUGCCGGUUCGUAGAGUUCUGUCUAGCAUUAGCAUUGCUAGACUAACUUUUAGAAAUGGGACAGUUCCACACACUGUAAUCUAUGUAGUACAUCUCCAUCUCCUUUUCCUCUACUUUUUUGGGCGUAGAGUUUCAAAUUACUUUUGUAGCUGGCUAUGCAGAAUGUUGCAAAUAAUAUGUAAAAUAUAUAUAUAUAUAUAUAUAUAUAUAUAUAUAUAUAUAUAUAUAUAUAUAUAUAUAUAUAUAUAUAUAUAUAUAUAUAUAUAUAUAUUCAUUCUUAUGGCUUGACUGGUGUGCAGAUCUGUGUUUAACAAUGUAUUGACUACCCACUGACUUAAGGUGGAAGGGGUUUUCAAUCAGUUUUUCCCCACCAUAACUUUCUUGGUUUGUGCUCCGCAAGUAACGCCAAGCUUCAAUAGCCAGCCAUGUAUUGAAUAUAUAUAUAAUUGUUUUAUUAUAUAAAUAUAUAUAUAUAUUAUAGUGAAUAGAGGACCCCUGUUAUUGUGUCACUGCAAACUGUGGCUUAUGACCGCAACAAUUUGCAAAAAGACUGCCCUUCUCUGUCUACACAAUUUGUCUCUGUUGUGCUUGCUCUCACUGUGCACACCCUGUCCUCUCUAUCUUUGCAGAGAAUGCAUGAAUGGUACUCAGGCUAGGGGAUGAGCUACGUAUCCUCGAAAUCCCUGCUGAACAGGGCUUCUGGACAAAGACACCCAUAGUCCAGAAUGAGAGUGUGUGUUUGUUUUUAGCAGCCUUCUGGCUGUACAGGGACGGAGUAAUCUGCUAUGAUGGGUUUCGAAUGACAGUCCAGUGUUCCAUGUAAUAAUGUGAGCUGUAUACAGGGGUCCUACAUAGCAGUAUCUCAUAUUGGCGAUCAGAGUUACACAAAUAUAUUUCCCACCUAAAUCUUUACUGUGGAAAUAGUGCAGCACAUUUUAGGUCAAAUUACACUAAUGUCUUUAAUCCUUUCUGAUACUUUUUAGUUUGUGAAGAGCAAUCCUGUGUGUUUUUUUUUUUUCUUUUCAAUGACAGAAAAAAAUUGUAUUAUGCAGUCAUAUGGCUUGUGCAGAAGCCGCAUUGUGAAUACAAAGAAAGAACAAAGGUUGUCAAUAGGAGGUAUAUGCGGUAUUCAUAACAUUUCACGUACAUCAUUUGCAUUCGGGAUCUGGCUGCCAUUGGUUUUACCAGAAUUGUACAUAGACAAACAUAAAUAAAAAGAACAACCCAACGGUAAUGUAAGAACUUGGAUAGUGUAUCGUUUCUUUGUGUUUCAGUUGCCAUCUGGUUUUGAUGGGUUCAAUGUGUUGAGAGCAAUCCUGUUUUGUCUUCAAAGUUCCCAAAAUAAGAUUGUAAGCUUCUAGUGAGUAGUGCCAAAAAGACACCACCUCUUCCUUUGCACAUGGUGCAAUAAACAGAGUGCCCUGUAAUGAGAAUAUCAGUUUAUUUCUAUUUAUAACCUUUUUUGUUUUGUUAUUGCAGAAGUUGCUCUGACUGAGAAAAUGCCCAAGUUUGUGAGACCUUAGAAAAUGUAUAAUUUAGCUCCUGGACUGUUAGAUUGCCAGAUCACAAUUUUCGUAUUCUACUAUAAAUACAUGAGUUCUUUAGACAAAUAACUUUUCUUCCUUGAAACACUCACAAGUAAAUUAUAUUCUAGGUCUAAAGCAGCCAUUUUAUUACUCCUAUUUAGACAAUUUUAUUAUUGUAAUAUAUCAUUUUUAUUAUUGCAAUUUUCAUUUGUAGUAACUAUACAUUUUGUUGCAGAUUUUAUGUGUGUAUGUGUGUGUGUGUGUGUGUGUGUGUGUGUGUGUGUAUAUAUAUAUAUAUAUAUAUAAAAAAUUAUUUUUUUCCUUCUCCAAAACACUGACCAAUCAACACAAAGUAUUUUAGAGAGCGAUCUGCCUGCCAGCUUACAGAACCCACCAUUGAUUAUGCAGCUUAUUGUAGUAGUUAUAGUAUCAGAUGGUUAUGGUUGCAGUCUAUAUAAACCAUAACCAUCUGAUAUAUAUAUUCAAUACAUGGCUGGCUAUUGAAGCUUGGCGUUACUUGCGGAGCACAAACCAAGAAAGUUAUGGUGGGGAAAAACUGAUUGAAAACCCCUUCCACCUGAAGUCAGUGGGUAGUCAAUACAUUGUUAAACACAGAUCUGCACACCAGUCAAGCCAUAAGAAUGAAUAUAUAUAUUAUAUAUAUAUAUAUAUAUAUAUAAAUUUUUUUUUUUUUUUGGCCUUUUUAAAUAAAUUCAAAUAAGAAUAUGGUUAUUGAAAUAGAGACAAUCAUUUUACUAGCCAAGAACAGAAAAUACUUGGUGUGUGACUCGCACCAUGGCUGGUCCUAUACACAGGCAGGGAUUAUUGAUGUCUCUGCAUAGUAAACAAACAAAACACCCCAGACAAUUGUUUUACCCACUUAGAGGCUGACCUUUGCCCUGUAAGCUAAAGACAGAGAGUACUUAUUAAUGUGUAAACUGGCAAAUAAAUGUAUAUCUAAACUCAUGUCACUAUAUCAAGCAGUUUCUUGGCUCCUGUGUAGUUUAUUGCUGGAAUUUGGUGCUUUUGUGAUUUACCACUAACCAAAUUGUUUAAACCCACACAUUAAAAAUAAUAAAAAUAAAUAUAUAUAUAUAUAUAUAUAUGUGUGUGUGUAUUUUUUGUAAGCAAAAUAAAAUCGUUAACAAAAUGUAAUAGAAUCCAGAGCUGGUAAAAAAAAAAUGGUCUCCAAUAUCGUCAGUCCACUCCCCCAUUGGUUUUCCCAUAAAUGCCGUUUAUUACCACUUAAAACAUAAGAUACACUCAAGAUCUCCAUGGCAAGUUCUACAAUAAAUGACUAUUAGAGGCCAUUUUUACGAGCUGUUUUUUUUUUUUUUUUUUUGUCCCCUUUCAUAUUUUCAUAUUUUCUCUAUGGCCAGUGUGGUAAUAAAGCCUUAUUAGGAAUACAAAUUGAGCUAUUUAUAUUGGUUUAAUUAUUUUUGUUACUUCCCAUUUGCUACAUUUUAUGUAGACUUGCUUAUAAGCAGGAGUUUAGUUGUUACAUUUCACCUAGCGCGUGACAUUAUUUGUACAGACUCUGUGUACUCUAAGGAAUUGGUUACUUUGUUUCUGUGUGUGUAGCUUUUUGCAUUCUGCUUGAAAUCUUCUGUUGUACAGAAUUGUUCCUUUUUAAAGGCAGCCUGUCAUGAUAUAAUGAACUUUUCAGCUCUUUUAAAUGCUGUUAAAAUACCAUCUAUACAUUGUGCUUGCAGUGUUGCUAGCAAAUGUAUAGAUUUGGAGUGUCUUUUUUUUUUUUUUUUUUCCUCCUUUUUGAAUCUCAAUUAAUCGGCAAACACUAUAUAUGUCGGGGGAACUGAGAGCCAAGGAGAGUUGACAAGACCCCCAACAGGAUGGCCCUCUGCUCUUCAACCAUAACAACCACAGUGCUUGCUGAUAACGCUGACUAAGGAAUAUAGGAACGAAGUGAUGUGACGUCAUUCCGCUCAGGUGCCGGCACCAGAGAAUGGGGUUACAGAAGUGUAACCUCAAACUCUCUAGUGAGAGGGCCAGGUAUGACAUGACAGUUUCCCUUUACCCUGUACAAAUUGGACUGGGUUAAGUAAAAUACACGCUUAUUGCUGUCCUUUUGACAUCAUGCUGCUAAGAUUUCUUUUUUUUCUGUUACCCUGAUUUUUAUACUUUUUACAAUUUUAAUAACCCUCUCUGUUUUAUGGUGUUGUCAUCGUAGCAUGUAGUUAUCGAUCUUUUAGUUUUGUAGGUUGUAGUUGUACACGGUUCCACAAGGAAAUGUUGUGCUUCCUCACACUGUGCUCCCAGAUUUUGUGUCUGGGAGAAUGGGUUAAUUCACUAUAGCAAUGUGUGUAUUGCUCACACAGUGACAUCACACAGAUCUGAAAAUCUUCAGGAAGUCAACUCCCUUCUAAGUUACAGCCAACUGUGCCUACAAAUUCAUGUAACGUCAAAUUGUAACCGCACGCGUGUGUAUGUGCAGACUUCAAUAAAAGUUCUGAGCAUGAGUAAAUGAAUCUGUUGCCAACUGCUUUGUGUAUAGAUUAUGCAAAUUAAUUGGGAAAUGCAAUGAAUUUUUGAAUUGCAAGCUGUACAAACAAGUCAUUGAGGAAUGUGCUCAGAGGAAUUGCACUAUUAAUGUUGCUCUACCGGUUAACCCAGAUCUCAUGAGUGAUGUGAAACUACACCGAAUGCAUCUCCUCCAAGCUAACACAGGAGAUGUCUCUCCAACAGACAUACAGAUAUUCAUACUUAUUCUACAAGAGAUACUGUACCUCUACUGAAAAUAAUUAGUUACUCCAAACACCAUUACCGCUUCAGUGAUUUGAAGUGUUAGUGAUGCAUGGAAUCAUAUAAGGAAUUUAACCACUAUGCUGUUAGUGAUGCACCUCCAUGGCAGUAGCAUCAUUGGGGUGUUAUUAGCCAGCUGUAAUGAGUUCCAGACUGCCUAAUGUAAAAUCUGUUCAUUAACUGAGAUUGGUCACCUGACCAAUGAAUGGCGAAUGGUGGCAUUGGCAGCUCUGCAGGUAAAACUAUUUGCUCCAUUACCAUUAAAUGGGACCAGGGUACUUCUUUCACCAUAACCACUAUAUCUGUCUGUAGUAGUUAUGUUUUAAGUAAACCUUUAAAAUUGAUUGCUUGUAACAGGAAGGUAUUUUUGGAACUAAAAGAUUAACCUCAAAGAUUCUAAGCUAUAGUUCAUUCAAACUCUCCCCUUGUCUGUCCAGUUUUUACUGGCAGUGAUAUUUAAUAAUAUGUGACUUGUUGGCUAUUUAAAAAAAAAAAAAAAAAAUUUUUUUUUGAAAAGCUCUCCUGGGUGACUUUGUUGCGUGAGAAGUGCAUGGAUCAUAUUAAGUUUUGGGUAAAGUGCUAAUACUGGGACGAAACACUUAGAUUGUGGGUUACUGUGAAUUCAGUGGAAGGCCACUUGAUGUUCCCUUGGUAUUACUGGGGCGUUUAAAGCACUUUAGUGGAGGCUACUGUUAUGACCGUUGACAGCAGCUAUAUUUUAUUUACGGACCGUGCACACUUGGUUUGCUCAACCAUUGCUCCACUGAGACUAGGUACGCAAUUUAGUGUUAUUUGUUUUAUAGUGUUUGUGUUGUAUUGUGUGUACCUACUGGCUUUCAUGUUUAAACAGUUGCUUUAAUAUUAUCAUGUUAUUAUUUUUUUUUUUCUUUUCUGAGGAACCAUAGUGUACUUUUUAAACCUAAAUACAAAUUUUCACCACUUUCAGACUUAAAACUAUAUAUAGCAUUCUUUGUAACUCUAAUCUAGAAAUCUGUGUCGUGUACUCCAUACAUCAAAUUAGACAUGUUUUUGAAGGUUAUGCUCAUUCAUUGGUUGAGUGUCAGCUGGUUGCGUUUAGCCAAUGAGUAUUGCCCCUCUGUGAAUAGAAAUAUAUGUACAGAAUUGACAUUAGCCAGCCAGUAAAUAAAUAUUUUUUUUCAUGCUGCCUCUAUAUUUUCUUUCUCUGUGCCCUCCUUACAAACUAGAUGUAUAUGCUUUUCUAUAAAGAGUUAAUUGUGAUUGGUAAGUGUGUUUUCCGUUACAAAGGUUCAGAAUUAUUAUAUAUAUCUAUCUUUUCUCCUUUGUAUUUUUUAUGUCAAAGUUUCUUUGAAAUCGAUCUAAAAAAACCUCUUGUGUAUUUUAUUGCUGACUUGGACAGCAGCCAAUUGGUGUUACAGUGAAGCAAUUUACCUUUUGUAUGUUUGUUCUAUUUUGGUAUGUAUGACUAAUUUCCCUGCUAUGGGGUAAUACCAUAUUAUGUACACGUUUUUGUUUCCUUUAUGUUUACUGUGGAACAAUUCUUCACCUACUCACCUCCCUUCAUCCCCUGUAACCGGUAAGGGAAAGCUGAGCUAGACCCAUAGUCGGGAGUGUGUUGGCUAUAGUGCUUGCCAUCCUUGUGAGAAUGAGCAUUUUUCAUCCUAUAACGAAUUCCUUGCUAGUCGGCAAGUCGGUACAUUCCCUGAUUUAUGUGGUGGUCUGUGCUUCUCUAUAGGAAUGAUUCUUCUCACAGUCCUCAAGGCCCACCAACUUGUCAGCAUCCAUAUUGAACAGAAUUGGGAAUGCCUAAAUUCUGCGUGUGAGCCUUGAGGACUGCGCUAGAAAGCAGACAAACCUAAUGCAGGACUCUGGGAGCUGUUAUUUCUUUUUUAUGUAAAAGACUCUGGAGUUCACAAUGAUGCCUUUAAUGAGCCACUAGUAUCUGUCCAGCCAUGAGAUGGAUAUAUAGACAAAGCCAUGAAAGGGUAUAUUUAAAAAUUGUUUUUUAUUUUUUUAUUUUUAUUUUUUCAGGAAUUGAAAUUCAGUUCCUGGAUUCAGCUUCCAGACAAAGUAUAUUAAAGUAUUCGCGUGUCCAUCAGAAAGUGUUCUAACAUAUUUUUUUUUUAUUUUUUUUGAAGCACGACAUAACCACUAUAGAUAAUGGAAAGGGAAAUGUCAUUUUUUUUUUUUUAUAUGGUAUACAUGUGCGUUUAAAAAAACAAACAAAAAACUGGCUGCCAGUAUGAGAAUUUGCAGUUCUGUCACCUCUCCCCUCUCAAAAAUAAGUAUGUCAUACAGAUUAUUUAUAAAAUGCUUACUUUUGAGAGGUGAGGGGUGACAGAACUGCAAAAUCUUCUACUCGCUAGUGACAGGUGUGAGUUAGGAAAAAGGCUUUUGUCUGUGGAGGAUCCCGUGGUCUUCCAGGAUCCUCCAUAGGCAUAAGUAUUGUACUCUUGCACAUGCGUUGGAGUACAGAUCUAACAUCGGCUCCUAGUAGAUGAAGAUGGCGGUUGCAAGGCACAGGUUCAGGUAAAUAAAACUCUCUUUUCACUGCGGCUACCGCAUUACAAGCAGUAAAUUCACCAUCGUGGGUCUUUGCAAAAUCUUUAUUCUUCAAUCCAGGGACACUGCUGCCAAUGAUACUGGGUUCGUUUUGUAGCUGUGAAUGCAGCCGUCUAGCUCAUUUUAUGAAGUUAAAGGGACUAUCCAGUGCCAGGAAAAAUCUGUUUUCCUGGCACUGCAGGUCCCCUCUGCCUCCCAACCCCUUCAGUCACUUACCAAAGGCAGCGACUAUGUCCCUCAUCGCUGCUUCUUCCUCCGCCACCACUCCUCCCCUUUAUCACGUCAGCUGGCGGGGGAGACUGAUCCCGCCCGGCGGCUGGGGAGACCUAAUGCGCAUGUGCGGCAAUGCCGUGCACGUGCAUUAGACCUCUCCAUAGGAAGGCAUUGAAAAAACAUAGCGUGAGCACAGCGACGCUCUGUGCAGAAAACCUGUGCUAAACUCCCGGAAGUGCCCUCUAGUGGCUGUCUAGUAGAAAACUUUAUGAAAACUGCAAUAAUUACACUUGCAGGGUUAAAGGUAGUGGGAGUUGGCACCCAGACCACUCCAAUGGGCAGAAGUGGUCUGGGUGCCUGGCGUGUCCUUUUAAUGAUGUAUCUACCCACCUUCUGUGACUCCUCCGGCCUGUGUCGUGUCCUUGCUCUCUGCAGUUGCACGAAGAGCAAUUAUGUACUAGUACUUACUACCACAGUGGGAGCCUAAACUCUCAGACUAAGAAAUUUACUUCAUUCAUAAUAAUGUAUUAGUGAAUUAACCAUGUAAAUACAAUACCCACUGCUUCUUCUAUUACUUUGUAAACAAGGCUUUGUUUAUGUUUGUGGUUAUUUUUGUUGGAUUAUAAAUGUUGAAGCUGUUUAUUACAAUAACUGUAGAAAACUGACAGCUGAACUACAAAUCCUAUUAUAAGAGAUUUCAGCCACAUCCUGGCUGGGUCAGAGAUCACUACAGAAGGGGCAAAUGUGUUGAUGGUGGGUGUUCCCCCAAUACAUUGGUCAGUCAAGCCUUGAGUGCUACACUUUAUUUGCAAUUUAAACUGUGUUCCAUUUAAAACAGUCUGCAUUCUGUAUUCCAGUCCAUUGUCAAAAUAUAAUUUUGGUUUAUGCUGAGACUAUAUAUUCUGUUAUUUCAACUUUCUGUAAUGCACUGUUAAAAGCUUUGGGGGGGGGGGGAAACCUUCUGUGUUUAUGUUUUGUACAAGGCAAAUGUAAUCUAUUGAUCAUAAAAUUGUGACCAGUAAUGAUGCUAUGUAAACCACACUCCAGAAUAUACCUGCAGGGUUAUUCACAAAACAAUUGACCAGAGAAUUCAGCAUUUUUUGCUCAGUUGGAAACAGUCUCCUUGGUUAGAUAUUUUGGUCCACAUUUUCCACCCCCAUUGAAUUUCACCUUUUUCCUAGGCUGCCAUGAUCUCCAAAGGUAAUUGAUUCACCUUUUUUUUUUCUAUCUUCGGACACAUUACGCCUCCACAAUUCUUUCCCAUAAAUAUUGUGUAGGCGUAUCGGCUUUUAAGAUAACAGUGGAAAAUCAGUAGAAAAAAAUAAAAGUUUGAUGCAAAAAUAUUUAAAGGCACAGUCUAAGCGCCAUAGUCACUUCAUUGUAAUUAUUGAUUCUGAUCCCCUGCAGUCUUUAACUUGGAAUUUGUGCGGUUUCGGAGAAAUCACACUAUUUUGUUUUGAAUGCUGAUACCUGAAUCUAUCUACCAGCAUGAAAAUGACGCCGGAUUCAAGCAUUGUAUUGGCGGAUUGUGAAAACUGACACUUGUACGCACUAUUUUUUUAUUAAAAACCUUUCAUUGGAAAACAGCCAUCAUCAUUCUGGAUGGGUUCGGUGAGGACAAGUUUGGCUACUGUAAGAAAUUUCUCUAUGCUUACAAAAAUAGUGGCUAAACAAAGACUUUAUAUAGAAUGCUCCUUCUAACAAAUGGAAUGCAGUACUCAAAAAGUAACGCAAAAAACGAAAACCGAAAAGUCACAGAGGCAACAGAUACUUUGCGACUGAAAACAAUUCUCAGAAAUGAUGCAGAUUAUUCAGUGACACUCUGUAGUCGUCCUUUUCUGUUAUGUUAGCUUGCAGGCACGGUUCUUAAAGGAACAUUAAAGCAUUUGGAAUAUAAACAUGUAUUCCAAACGCCAUAAUGACCCUGUCCCGUGUGUGUGUGUCCAAUGUGCCACCCAAAAAAUAAAUAAAUGUGCAGAACUUUCCUUGGCCCUGCUCACCUCUCCGCCUCCCAUGACAUCAUUAAGGGGGACCUCAUGCACAUGCCACAGGCAUAUCCAAGCUUCCCAAAACAAACCAAUUGUAUUCAGUGCUUUCAUAUGAAUGUCCACGUCAUGUGACCAAUUUUUACUCGGUCAGUGCUUUGGAAGUGCCGGUCAGAAAGAUGGCCACUAGAGGUGCAUUUAACGUAAACAUUGCUGUUUAUUUAAAUAGAAAACCAGAAAACUGCAUUGUUUUACAUUUAUUUAUUUUGUUUUUCAUGCCAUUUUAACAAUAGCUUUUGAAAGAAUUCCAACAAAAUGAUGCGCUUAUGGCUGUCCAUUUAUUUUUAAUUUUUUUUUAAAUUUGUUGUUUUUUUUUGUUUUUUUUGACCAUAGCUCUCAAAAUUAAUGAAUACGGGCUGCACAGUGAACCUGUUGCGCAAGUGCUUGUGCAUUGUUUAUUAAUUAUAGAAUGUGCUCACGGACAAUGGGUCCUUUUGUUUUGGUUCAUGGAUUGAGGUCAAAACCCGUCACCUGACCGAUUAAUAUGUAUACUUUCUACCAGCCUCAUCAGUGGGGUUCUACUUCAUUCACACUUUUCCCAAAGUCCUUGUUUUUGUAAUUCUCACUUGGUUUGGCUGAUUUUGUUUGUAACUUUGUGUGUUGUCUAUUGUUUAAGACUGCACUGUACUUCCUUCCUACAGCAAAGCAGUUUUUGUUUUAUCAAAUUGUGUGCAUUCUAUAAUAAAUCCUUCCCCUCACCUCCUCUUUUAUUUUACACUAGAUUUCGAUGUGAAUCGCUGUAAAGCCAGUUGGGUUCCCUGCGAUUAUGUUGAUUCCUUUGUCAUUGGGAUUUUCACAUUUUUCCGAUUUGAUUUAUUCACAGUAAAAGCGGAAGUUUUAGGCGAUAAUAGCCAAAGCAAUAUUGUAUAUUUCCGUGCCCAUUAUCACCAAUUCCCAGUUUAGUGAGUUCGGCCCAUAUGCCAUUUCAGGAUUUUUUAAAAUUUUUUUUUUAAAAACAGUAUAUUUCUUUUUGCUCUGACAUCGAACGAUCUGCUAAAUAACAUACGAUUGUAAGCUCAUGGGCCUAUCAAAUGAUUUAUGUGAAAGGGCACUGAAGUGCUAGAUUUCAGAUCAUGAGCAGGACCUCUGUUUCUGUUCCUUAGUUUUUUUUAUAAUGUGUUGCCUAUUUUCCCUGUUUGUACAGUGCUGUGGAAUGUGUUGGCAAUGUUACUAUAACUGGUAUUUGUAAAGUGCUAAGGAACCUGGAAUGGGGAUCUCGUUCCUGCUAUUCUGAAUAUGAACCUGACCUAUAAAUUGUAGUGUUACGCCACUUCUUUUACUUUGUACUAGUUUUGAUUCUGAAGUUGUUGCGAAAUCUGAUUAUAUUAAAAUAUUAUUCAAAGUUUGAAGUGUAAGAUAUAUAUAUAUAUAUAUAUAUAUAUAUAUAUAUAUAUAUAUAUAUAUAUAUAUAUUAUAUUAAAAGGACACUAUAUUCACCAAAACAACUUAAAGGGACACUCCAGGCACCCAGACCACUUCUGCCCAUUGGAGUGGUCUGGGUGCAGACUCCCACUACCCUUAAUCCUGCAAGUGUAAUUAUUGCAGUUUUCAAAAACUGCAAUAUUUACCUUGCAGGGUUAACUCCUCCUCUAGUGGCUGUCUACUAGACAGCCACUAGAGGGCACUUCUGUGUUUAUAGCUCACGAAAAUGGUGUGCUAUCGCGUCACUGGAUGUCCUCACUCACAUUAGGAGCGUGGGCGGACCCUGAACCAGCGCUGAGGGACAUCGGCGCUGUAUACAGGAAAGUCACUCAAGGGGUUUUAACCCCUUCAGCAACUUGGGAUGGGGGUGGGAGGGAGAGGGGACCUGCAGUUCCAGGAAAACUGUUUGUUUUCCUGGCACUGGAGAGUCCCUUUUAAUGAAGCAGUUUUGGUGUAUAGAUCAUACCCCUGCAUUCACUGCUCAAUUUUCUGCCAUUUAGGAGUUAAAUCACUUUGUUAAUGCAGCCCUAGUCACACCUUCCUGCGUAUAACUUGCACAACCUUUGUAAACCGUUCUUGAAAAAGAAAGAUCUAAUGUUUACACUUCCUUUAUUGCACAUUUUGUUUAAUUUAGAAUAUAUUAUCUCUUGCUCUUUUAAUAGCCUUCCAGGCCUUGCAUGAGCCUCCUGUGUGUGAUUAAAGUUCAGUUAACCGAGUAGGAGACACUUUUAAAGUAAAUUUAUAUCUGAUUGAAAGUGAAACCUUUUUUCCCUAUGCAGGCUGUGUCAGUCAGUCAGGAGAGGUGUGACUAGGGCUGCAUAAACAAACUGAUUUAACUCUUAAAUGGCAGAGAAUUGAGCAGUGAGACUGCAGGGGCAUGAUCUAUACACCAAAAAAGCUUCAUUAAGUUAGUUGAUUUGGUGCAUAUCGCGUCAGAUUUUAUCUAUGCUGAAAAAUAAAACUUUUUUUUUUUUCAAGCUUGCUGGUAGAUACCUCUUUAAAAUUGUAAUCAUUCUAAUGUAUUCUGAGGGGUAUUUUAACACUUUGGCACCAAGACUUAAAGACUUUCCAGAGAAUCUUUGUGUUCAUGACAGAGGCCUUUUUUUGGCACUUACACUAAUAUUUAGUCCCACUGAUUCGAAGUAUGAAGAAAUAUUAAAAAUUACAGACCACCCUCACCCCAUUUUUACUCUCCAGUGUAAUUAAAGAAAAAUUAAAAAAAACAAAAUACUUUCUAAUUUCUUUAUUAAAACAUUUCAGCUCAGACACAGCAGGAGAAAAAGGCCGAUUACUUGAAGUACUGCUAAGGCAGGUAAACCGUAAGCAUCAUCUGUCUGGUGCUUUUAAUACCGCUGUGUCUCAGCUGAAUGCUUUAAUCAAAAAAUCAUUUCUCAUAUAGCACCUUUAUCCUGGCACAGUGCAAAGAUUAGUAAUUAUGAGAUAAGUAUUAACUGAGAGUAAAAUAUAUAAUUAGAUGAACUGGCAGGAUAGGAAUAUCCUGAAUACGUUUAACCUGUAUAAACGUACAAUGGUUUGAGCUUAAAAGUCCUGAUGCUUGCUCAUGCAGAUAAUCUGCUACAAUAAUUGGAUAGCACUGCGUAAUGUAUUGGAUCUUUAUAAAUAUAAUAUCUGGAAUGCUGAUUGUUUUAAACCCAUGUGGACUUUAACAGUUUGUGCUUGAAGUGUUCUCCCAUACAAUAGUAAGAAUUUGUCUCGCUCAGUGGUUAUAUAACCACCUUUCACACAACACAGCAUGGCGGUCUGGGGUUUAGAAUUCCUCGAACGCUCCUGAUUCCCUCUCGAAGAUCUGAAUACGCUGCUCAGAAAACCAGGUUGAAUGUAUUCUUCACUUUACUGAGUGACGAGUUAAUAACUUUCUCUUUUAUCUGCUUGGUGGUGUGUGUUUAUACUUCUUCCAAGUUGCUAAGUAAUAUAUUUUGUUUCUGUAGCACAAUGGAGUUGUAUUGUGUGAGAUGAUAAUGUUAUUUAUUAACAAGGUGCAGUAACUUAAUCUGUCAGUCUGUAUUAACUCCACUUGUAUUACAGAUCAUUUAAACACUGCAAUCUUGGAGGUCAUUCUAUAAAUAAUGCAUGCAUCAUAGUACAAUAGUAUUUAUACUGGCAACACAUUGAAAUUCAGGUUACCAAGCAAAACCAAUUAACUCGGGCGUAGGUCAGGUCAUCACUGGACGAGGAAUCUUAACCUUGCACGAACCGUGCAUUCAAAUUUCAAAACUACAAUACUGUUUUGGUAAUUUUUGUAACAUUAAACCUUUGGAUAACACCCAAAGACUCUAAAAAGAGUACAUUUUUAAAUCUUGUGUAUGUCGACAAACAAUUUAUCUGCAUCAUAUACGAGCCUGCCAAGGCACAGGCUGGCAUAUGAUGCAAAUCAUUAUUUUUUUCAUGGUGCCAUUAAGGCACAUCGCACAGGGCACCUAGAAUUCUGAAUGCCUGAGGCCUCCUUACAGGCUGACAACACUUAACUCUACUGCAUUCCUUGCCCUAAUGGAAUUUAAUUCUUUUUAUGAUCUCAGCCAAUCUAGUGCUGCUUUGUAGGGAAACAUUGGGAGACUAGGUUGCAUGCACGCCACAAUGCCGCUCUGUUCAGUUUGACUCUGUAAUCAACAUGGAAGACAACCACUAUAUGUAUGUUAACCCUGCAAUGGAAACAUUGCUAUUACUACUAAAUGGCAAACUACAGGGUCACUGUACCCAGACUACUUCAUUGAGAUCCUUUUCAUCUCACCAAGCUAUAGGAAGUUGAGCCUUAGUUGCCACUUGAAGAUCUGAUCGAGCAGUGUAAAUGUAGCAUCUCAGAUCUGCUUCACGAUUUGUAAACCCUCAUUGACUGUUACUUAAAGGCGGCUGGAGAGUUGCUUUAUCAGCAGGAAGGCGAAAUCUCUAGAAUUUAUGUGGAUAAAUGUACACUUGUUGUUCCUGGCCCCUUGCCACUAUUCAGUGUUAAACCAUUGGACAACAGUGACUGGCUAACCACAUCAAUGGGAUGAAGAUAUUAUGGUGCCCGGAGUGCCCCAUUUAAUGAAACCUGAAAACAUAAGCUAAAUGGUUUACAAAAAACUGGUGUUAUUUGAUGGCCGUCUUCACUUUUAUCUACGUUACACGUGAUGCUAAACUACAUGUAGUUCACAAAGCAUGCGCAGCUUCUGUGCUGACGCCACUUUGAGAGUAGUUUAGUUUAAAAUAAUCUGCACUGUUGUAGUAAAAGCUAAUUUACAUGUCAGGCUAUAUGUUAUACAAACAGUAAACCUUUGUAAAACCAUGUUUUGUUGGGAGUGUUUUUGUGUUUCUUUCCCUCUGCUUGCAUUUGUAGAAGCGUUGGGUGUAGUAUUUACAAUGUGUACACAUUGCAGCCCAACAGUGUUUAAAGUUACACAUUUCAUUCCAAUAGUCGUCGUUCUAGUUUCUCUUGCAGAGUCCUUUUAUUCCAGUUUUGUGUGAAUGUGUGGACAGUAGUGGAGUGUUUCUAUAGGUAACAGUGUUAACUCUGUAUUUAACAUGCCAUGUUAGACCUUUUUUAUUUGAAUUCACACUAAUUGAAUAAGACAUUUUUAUCAUACACACUCAAAUCCCCAAAAACUUCCCAAAGAAAUUUUAACUUGCAUAUGUAGAAAUGUCUGAAAAAACAAAACCAAAAAUUAUUUAAUGCAUUUUGUUUCUGCCUCCAAGAUGGUAUUUAUUUUGCCUUCAUACAUCAUUCGGAGUUUGUGUGUUGUGGUCCAAUUACUUGUGAUAAAUCUAAUCUGGGUGAAAGUUGGUGGUAGGUUUUUUUUUCAUUUACAAGGAAUACUCUUAUGUUAGUGUGGUUUUUUUUUUUUUGUCUCCUCAUUGUGUAAUGAUGGUUUUCUCUCCAUUGUAGUUGACAAAGCACACCGUUUUGCAUUUUUGGCAACCUUUAGGAUACAGCAACUGCCCUAUUUGUUUCCUUGGAUAUGCGAGAAUUUGUUUAGUAAAAAGAUAUGGCUUAUUCUAAAAUGUCUAAUACGUUCGUUUUUACUUUUCAGUAAGAAUGACUGUGAUAUUAAAAACUCUAAAAUAAUUUCCUUUCUCAUUCCAGACGUCCCUACCUCUGAACAACCUGAGCUGUUCCUAAAGAAACUUCAACAGUGCUGCGUCAUUUUUGAUUUUAUGGAUACACUGUCUGAUCUUAAAAUGAAAGAAUACAAACGCUCUACUUUGAAUGAACUGGUGGAUUACAUUACAGUAAGCAGGGGGUGUCUAACAGAACAGACUUAUCCUGAAGUAGUUAGAAUGGUGAGUAUAUCAUUGAUCUGCACUCUGUGCCAAUUAUGUAUUUGUCAAUGAGUAUCCCAGAGCUGAUUAGUCUCAAUAAGCUCCAGAGCCAGGUCAAUAGGGGGUUGGAAUUCUUUGUAUAUAUGACGUUGUGACUCACACUGACCUGAUCAGUGGCUUAGCUGAAUAUACAAUGUGUAUGAGUUCCAGGCACUUUUUCUCUUUGAAAAUGUAAUGCUACUAUUAAAAAUGACACUGUAGGCACCCGGACCUCUUCCGGUCAAUGUCCCAUGUUUACCAAUCAAAGUUGACCUCUUUUUAUGGAGGAAUGUGGGUAACAAGGUGCUUUACAAAGUGAAGGUGAUUUUCGGGCAGCUCUAUACACUUGUGUGGAAAUAUCCUCUAUCCCACUUGACAAAAUAAUAGAUUUAAAUGCGGUGUAAGUAACAAAGACUUACACCUAUAAGUGGAGCGCUCAAACACAUAUAUUGCUUACCAAACGUUAUUUAUGUCCCAUGUUACUUAACCCUACAGUGGUAAUUAUUGCAGUUUCUGAGAAACUGCAAUAAUUACCUUUCAGGGUUAAGUCCUCCUCUAGUGGCUGUCAACAAGACAGAUAAUAGAGGGACAUCCGGGUGCUUAGAUGACUUUUGGUCAUCUAAACGACGCUGGGCGUCCUCACACUAUGCAUGAGGACUUCCACCGUCACCGGAAUCCCCAUAGGAAAUAAUGCGAAUUAGGUCUCCCCUGCCGGACGUUGGAGCGGGAGGAGCGUGGGGGAGAGCCUGACCCUGCGCCAAGAGAUAUCUGCUCUGGACUCAGGUAGGUGACUGAAGGGAUUUAAACCCCCUUCAGCUGCCAAGGUGGGGGGGCACUGUAGGAUUCUAUAGUACCAAGAAAACGGGUUUGUUGUCCUGGCACUAGAGAAUCCCUUUAAGGUAUGCAAGUGAAAGCCACAGUGUACAUUACUUUGCAGGCUAUUAAAAAAAUUAAUGGUAGGUGGAAGUACAUUGGAAAGACCGCAAUAAGCACAGGGCGGGGAAAUGUAUGUAGAAAACAUCUAUCAAGGUUUUUCUAGAAUACCUUUCCAUUGUUAUACCCCCACCCAUUGUGAACUUUUAAUGUGUAACAUUUUAUAAUUUGUUAUUAGAGGCCACUCAAAUUAAUGUUGUAGAGCCAUCAGUAUGAAAACUCAUAAACCUGUGUCCUAACCCAUUUGGUUUUUCGUCUCAUGAUUCUAGAAAUGGCAGGUUUUCCAAAUGUUGAGAAAUGGCAUAGGGUCCGUAACGGAGUCUGGUGGUAAAUGGUUAUAAAAAGGACAGGGUCACAGAAGACAUGGUUGGAAAGAUGCAUUGUGAUGAGGGCUUGGUAUUUGUAAUUGUAAAAGAGAUUCCUAUUAAAGUGCUUAGACAGAAAGUAGAGUGAAGCUUUAGGAUGGCGGUUCAAAAAGUGCUAAAUGUUUUGGAAGGAUUUACACAUGGUUGAAACAAGUUUGUAAUUAUAUUAAAGGGACAUUAUAGUCACCUGAACAACUUUAGCUUAAUGAAGCAGUUUUGGUGUAUAGAACAUGCCCCUGCAGCCUCACUGCUCAAUCCUCUGCCAUUUAGGAGUUAAAUCCCUUUGUUUAUGAACCAUAGUCACACCUCCCUGCAUGUGACUUGCACAGCCUUCCAUAAACACUUCCUGUAAAGAGAGCCCUAUUUAGGCUUUCUUUAUUGCAAGUUCUGUUUAAUUAAGAUUUUCUUAUCCCCUGCUAUGUUAAUAGCUUGCUAGACCCUGCAAGAGCCUCCUGUAUGUGAUUAAAGUUCAAUUUAGAGAUUGAGAUACAAUUAUUUAAGGUAAAUUACAUCUGUUUGAAAGUGAAACCAGUUUUUUUUUUCAUGCUGGCUCUGUCAAUCAUAGCCAGGGGAGGUGUGGCUAGGGCUGCAUAAACAGAAACAAAGUGAUUUAACUCCUAAAUGACAGUGAAUUGAGCAGUGAAAUUGCAGGGGAAUGAUCUAUACACUAAAACUGCUUUAUUUAGCUAAAGUAAUUUAGGUGACUAUAGUGUUCCUUUAAGUUGGUAUGCCCUUUAUUCACUCUUCAUGUAUUCUGGGUAUAAAGAGUGAAGGAUCUGUCUUUUACCUCAAAUCCACAUAAUAUUUUGACACAAUUUAUGUACACCAGAUUGGGUCAAUUUUAAACAUUAAUGUGAUUUAUCUGUGCAAAAUCUUAAUAUUUUCUGUAGACCUUAAGUGUUUGUUCCAUGUAUACUGAAGUUCAUAUACAGUUCUAAAUAUUAUUUAUAAAUACAUUUACAUGUUAUGUUAAAAGUCUGAAACGAUUAAGUUCCUGAUGUUUUGGCAAGUUAAUGCCUUGUUUGCAAGUUAAGAAAUGUGGGGAAGGUAUUGGGGUGCCAAAUGCCCACGUACUGAGCUUUUGUUCAAAACAUUCACCACUGCACCCCUGCAUUAACACCUGCUGACUCUGAAUGCUGCACACAUCCCUUAAAUACAAAAACGCAAGAUCUCCAUUAAGAUGCACAUCCAGUGUUGCAGUGUUCGACUAUUAAUACAAUGUACAUGUGAAGACCUGCUGAAAAACAAACCAGUUGGAAUAGAAAAAAUAACUAGUCCCUAUAGGGAUUUAUUAAUCAAUUUAGAACAACAUAGUAUUUGAUUAUGUUGUAAUGUUGACAUAAGAUUAUUUUUACAGUAAACUAUUUAAAAAAAAAAAAAAAAAAAUCUGAAAUUUGUACAUUGGCUUUUUUUUUGUAUGUAGCCAAGUGUAAAUGUCAGGGAAUGGUGGCUCCAGCAGGGUGAAAGGAUAUCGUCUGAAAAUCUGCUUAAUUUGUAUUCAUCUCUGCCAACCUGCAUCCUUUGAUGUCUUGGUUAGAUCUAAUUAAUGGCACCGCAGGAUUUGAGGCAAAGGGAAAACUGAAAGAACCACAGGCAGCAUUAGUAAACUCCAUUGUUAAAGAGAAAUUUAAGGGAAAUGUCUGCAUUGCCUUCAGGAGUGUAAUCCCAUGUCUGAUCGAAGGAUUGUAUUUUAAUGGAGAAUGCUAAAUGUGAUGUUCGGUAUAUUUGCAAACUAUGGCUUCACCCAUCUACACUAUUCCAUUUGGUUAAUAUAAAACAUACAUUUAGAUACAUGUAUACAAACACGUUUUAUUUAGGAAACGUCUCUUGAUUUUUUUUUUAUUUUUUUUAAAUUCUUUAUUUUAUUUGUGCAUUGCGUGUACAAUCUUGUUUGCACUGCCACGACAGCUGGUGCAAGCAAGUACAAGAAACAUACAAUAACAUUGGUAUGGCAUUGAAAUACAUAGCACAGGUUUUGGUUUUUUUGCAUAUUCAAGAUAGGAAACAUGUUAGAAGUUAACAUUAGCAGAUGCCGCAACAGAUUAACGUUCAACAGUGGUGUGAGAGAUUGCCCCUUGUGUGGCAUUAUAACAGAAGGCAAGAUAAAGGGAAGUAAAAUAAAAUGAAAUAUUUAACGUUUGACAACGCUCUAGUAGCUAUGCCUACAUAGAUGUAGUGCGGCAUUGCGAUUUGCUGUGUGUCUGUAGUUGGCUAGUGUAUGCAGGUUGUGCUGCUCUAGUGUAGAAUGUUAUGCUGUAACAAGCUAUCAAGUAAGGGUUAAGUCAGCUUGUGAGUUAGUGUUAUAGUAAUGUGCCCGUUGUAAGGGCUGCGCUUUGGGGAAUAUUACAAUAGUGUUUGGCCGCUGCUAUUUGCGGAUCCAGGUCAUUGAUUUAACAUGAGCAGAUUAAAAAGGGGGAGGCUAAAACCAGGUGGAGCUGUUUGACGAUCAAUUAUAUGCUGGGGUGCAUGCUAGAUAAGAAUUACUUGCAAUCGGUGGUAUGAUUACUGCUCGACUGCCUGUCAGGCAUAUCGCAGUGGGCUUGUUUAAAUUACCGGCUAUGUGGUUGCAGGUUAUAUCAGCCAGUUUGUAUUGUCAGCCACUGGGGUCGCGCUAGCUGUUUUGCUGACAUACAACUAGUUCAGAUGCACAGUUAAGUCCAAUAGAAGGCGUUCAGUACAAAAUGAGUGGGCAACCGGCCUAAGGGGAAGUGUAGCUGGUGGCUUAACUGGCUUUGUGUGGAAGUCGCCAUCUAGGCUGGCGGCGGGAGGGUCGUGUUUUUGGUUUCCAUGGAGCUGUCCGUCUCUCAGACAAGAUUUUCAUCCAAUUCUUCGGUUGAGUAAUAUUCAUGGGUUGUGGUUCAGUCCUUCAAAGGUAAUCCAGCUGCGUUAUACAGUUCUUUAUGCAGGUCCUGCAAGGUAUCCCCUCCAUCAGGUGGUGGCUUUGGCGUAUGGGUCCAUGGUCGCUCUCCGGGGUACAAACUCUGGAGCAUCGGUUGAGUAUUCUCUUUGCGGGCGCGUUUUGCCUGUUGGUCGUGUCGACGGUGCCGGUAAUUCCGUGGGGAGGCCAAGUAGACUCAACGUCCCAGUUGCCUCAUGCAUGUCGUGGAGAGUAUGUUUGUUACCUCCUGCUUCAACAGUGAGGGUGUGACCUGGUCCCCAUCGGUAUCGGAUUUUAUGGAGGCGCAAGAGAGCUGUGAAUGGGCUCAUAUGUUUCCUCCACGCCAGUGUCUCUCUCGACAGGUCCGCGUAAAAUGAGAGGGUCAUUCCCUCAAAGGGAUACGUGGGCCGACCUCUGACGGUUUCUAGGACUAUUUUUUUUGUCCUUGAAUGACUGGAAUUGGAGAAUUAGGUCCCCUGUUGCAUCUGGUGGGGCCUUUGCUGGGCGCAGAAUGCGGAAUAUGCCAUCUAAGACAGUAGCUUUUGCUGCUUUUGGGGUUAGUAGCUCUGUGAGUAACCUCCUAACGAAGUGUGGGAGUUCGGUCUCUGGGAUAGUGUCGGCUACCCCCCUUAGCUUUAUGUUGUUCCGACGAUGUUUGUUUUCGUGGGCGGCAAGUAGCUGUUCGUGGUCUCGAGCUUUUUGUUGUAGGUCUCGGAUCGCUUCUUGGAGGACUGCGAUCUGGUUGGUGUGGCCGGUGGAGGAGGCUUCUACUGCUCCCAGUCUAUUGGUGAUGCCUCUGAUGUCCUCUCUGAGCAAGGCCACAUCAUCCGCAAUUUUCUUGUGAUGGUCGGCCAUAAGUGCUCCGAUCGCCUCCAUUGUGACAGGGGUGUGAGGCUUAGUGGAUGGCUGCGUUUGGGAUGGUGGUUGGGUCGGCAUGUACUCCAGGGGGUCUCCCCCAUCAUCCUCCGAUGAUCCGUCAGUGAAGUCUGAGCAGCCUCCAUGCAGGGACGCCAUCUUGGCUCCUGCAGCAUCGUGCGCCUGCCUCCAUAACUCUCCGAUAUCCAUGCCCUGGCGGGGCUUGUCUGCUCUCGCUUUUUUGGUUUUCCUGCCCAUCGUGCCUGUGGGGUCUCGGGGCCGUCCCGGGAGAAUUUUUGCGCGGGUUGGAGUGUCGGUAAGGGUGUUUGUUUAGCUUGUCGAUCCGGAGCUCGUCGGCCAUGCGACCGCUCGCUUCAGUUGCUUGGCCUUGAUUUUCUUAAUCUAUAUGGAUUGCAACAUUAUGUUGACUUAAUAUUGGAUUUUAUUAAAUUAAAUUAAAUUUUAUGCAAUUAAAGGGACAGUUCAGGAUCACCUUAUCACACGUUUUAAGAAAGCUGAAUUAUAGCAAUAAAGCCUAAAAAAAGUAAUCCAAACAAAGGCUUGACGUUUGCUGCAAAGCCUUAGAGAUAGCAGCUUCUUGUGUAGUUAGCCCUGCCCAAACUUUAUAGCUAUCAACACAAGCUCUCCUGUUUUCAGAAGGAGUUGAGCCAAACCGGGGUUUGGCCAAUAUGGAUUGUAGUGCUUGACCACUUUGCCACCAGUCGGAUUAGAGUAGCAUUGGGGACACAAAGCGCAUUAUUGGGAGCUCUGAGCUCCUAUUGGUGGUUAACUGUGAGAGCAAAGAUUGACCGUGUUUACACAGCAGCAAACAUGGUUUUAACCCUGCAAUGUAAACAUUGUGGUAUCUGCAAACUACUUUACACUAAAGGGUUACAACUAAAGGAACACUGCACCCAAACCACUUCAUUGACGUAAAAUGAUAUUCUUACCUUUAGGCCUUUAAGGGCCAUCCUGGCUUGAAAUCGAUGUCCCACCAUACCUGGUUAUUUCUCUGUUGUCCUGCUGUUCAGAGACAGUUGAGAUAAUCAAACAUAUGGCAAGAGAGCUUUAUUCCACGAACAUGCUCGGUUUCUGUAGAACAUAGGCUGCUAUACUCAUGCCAGGCUGUCUGAACACUGAUCUACACUGAAUUAACAUCUUCAUCACAGCUCCCAGGGCUGCGUGAUGUAAAGCCCAGUCGUGCACGCAAAAAGCACACCGCUUGCUAGCCAGAUCCAAAUUUUAUUUCCAUGCUUGUUGUACUGCACGCGGUUAGCUUACAGAUAGUAGUGCUUCUCACAGCCCCUUUCUUUACUUGAGUAGCAACAAAUAGCGCAUGUUAAACGUAGGGAUGUACUGAAAUUUCGGCUGCUGAAAUUUUCGGCCGAAAAUGGGCCUUUCCUGUUUCGGCCGAAAACGUGUCAAACUUGCCGAAAUUAAAAAAAAAUAAAAAUUAAAAAAAAUAAAUAAUAAUAAUCGUUACAAUUUUUUUGGGUAGUGCAUAGUUUAACAGACAUGCUUGCAUUAACAAUUUAGGUGAUUUGAUAUAUCACAGUGAAAGAUAAUAAUGAUAACAUGAAAAGUCAAGCAUACUGCACUUGGGAUGGGGGUGGUUUCUAUGGGACAGGGGAGGGGGGGAAAGAACACUAUGGGACAAGAGGAGUGGGGGGACCACUAAAAGAGAAGGGAAGUUUUUAAUAUAAGAUUAAUUAAAAAGUAUAAAAUUAUUGGGGGGGAAAAACCUUUUUGAAUUUUCGGUUUCGGCCCAGAAUUUUCAUUUCUGUGCAUCCCUAGUUAAAUGUCCUAGUAGCAGCCUGCCUGGGAUUUGUGUGAAUUCAGAUCCAGAUUGGAGAUUGUAAUGUGAGCGUGUCAGCUUUUAGCUGUAAUUGAGUUGGUCUCUGUUUCUAUGUUAGACGCAUGUUCCCUCCGUCUCUAGACGCUGGAUUUCCUUUCCUGGACUUUUAACUAUUGAUGAGUUUUCCAUCCUGUACUGUGGUUUAGGAAAAACCUCCUGUUUAUAAUUAAACAGGGGUAUCCCACCCAUGUAUUCAUGAAAUUUAGUUGCUGUAAAGUUGUGUUCGUUAGGUGGCAUUUUAUAAUGUAACUCAUUUUGUGCAUGAUGUUGCUGUGUGUGUUAGGUGAUAUUUUGUGCAUGAUGCUGCUGGGUGAUCCUCUAUCGCUUACAAAAUAAGUCAGAUUUCUUGUUCUUUACAACCUCAUUUGGUACACUUAAACAAAGAUAUGGGUGCCUCAAUCUUUAAAGUGCCAACAUUUACCAUGUAUUCCACUCUAUACAUACGUAAAUAAAACAUACACGUAUUUGCAGGCCAAACCAGGUCUUGAUGUACACAAUGAAAAUUUACCCAGGGCCCCACAGUCUAUAUUGCAUGAUUACAGAAAAGAAUCCGAGGGUUUGUUCGUGUUUCUGGAACUUAAAUGUUAACAUGAUCCCAGUAUUUUAAACGUAGAUAAGGUUUUCAGUAGCCUAAAAUAAAACUUGUAAUCAUGUCAUGGUAUUAGAGGAACACUCCAUUGCAAAAAAAGAAAAAGUAAAUAACUCCAUAGAUAUAAUUCCAUUAGAAACAUGCAUGCAUUUAAUUUAUGUAUUUUUUUUUCAUUGGGGGUAUAUCUGAAAAAACUCUUGCAAAAGCUGUAGAUACCUUUUUCUGCAUCCCUCUUCUCCCUCCCCCUGACACUGGGGAAUCCUCCAGGUAGAGGGCGCUCAUUGAGAAGCAUCUGUGCCAGAACUGUGAGCUUGCGAUUGCGUGUUUCCAACGCUUUUCAGUGAGCUGUAAUAAUCUAAAUAAAUCCUUCUCGGCAGUCCGCGUUUUAUAGAUGGGGUGAUUAUGUAAUUUAAUUAUAAAAGUACCCAUUUCUAUGUAAAUUGACAUAUUUGUAAAAUAAUAAUAAAUUAUGAUACACACACACACACACACACACAGCACUUCAAAAGCUGCGGUGUGUGUGUGUGUGUGUGUGUGUGUAUAUAAGAGAAUUGCAAAACUGAAGUCAAAAAGUAGCAAAAAGCGCAACUCACAGUUUAGUUAAUGACCCCUUAAUAUAUUAUUGACCUUUCAAAAUCAACUCCCAUUAAUAGCUUCACAUCUCGAUUUACAGCAUUAUUCUCUAAAGUGUGAAUUUUAUGUGUUUUAUUUUUUUCUUAAAUGUAACAAUUUUUAAAACAAAAUCAUCCCAUUUGUUUGUUUUUUAACCAGGAUUCUGCUGUAUUUUAUUUGGUUUACCGUGUUUUGUUUAUGUCGUGCACAUUGGACAGCUGGCAUGCUUUCUUUAAAAACACAAGUAUACACGUUUUGUGCUGUCUGUGUUGGAUUCAAUUAUAAAACCCACUGAACAUAAUUCAGUCUUACAUAUUAUUACAAAUCUUUCAAUUUUUCUAAGCAACUCAGCUUCUCAAUUAUCUGAAUCUCUCUUUCUGAAAAAGAGGAAAUGAAAGUCGUAUGCCAGAAUGUUAGGCUUUGUUCUCGAGUCAAUUGAGUAAAAGAACCAGAUGUCGCUAGUUUAUGUAAUACUUAUUAGAGUAUGGGAAUAUAAAACAAAUAAGGAGAUUCUGUGGUCAAGCUGUUGCAACAAUUCUAUCCGAUUACUCUGAUAUGAAGUAAAAUAAUUAACAGUUUCUCAAGGUUAUUUACGGUGGUGAGAGUCUUGCGCUAUAAGCAAUUUUAUAAUAUGCUUUUGCGCAGUACCUUGCUCUUAACAUGGUCACUCUGACUUUAAACCAUAUUAACCCCAGCCGUAUUUGUGUAUGUGUGUAUGUCAGGGCUUGACAAAUUUGCUUAGAAUCUAGGAGCCAUCAAAAAAAGUUAGGAGCCAGGUUUUUCAAUGUCAAAAAUACAAUUCUUAAAGGGACACUAUAGUCACCAGAACCACUACAGCUUAAUGUAGUUGUUCUCGUGUCUAUAAUCUGUCACGUCACACUUUUCAGAGAAAAGGCAGGAUUUACAUUGCUGCCUUGUAACACUUCUAAUAAGUCACUCACUGACACACUCAGUCACUGCAAUAAUCACACACAUUUAUGUGACUACCCAGCCUCCCUACCUGGGUUCAGCAUUCCCUGUGGUCUAUUGGGGCUUCAGUCAUCUCUCUGCACUGCUCCUUAGAGCGCUGUUUAGUUAAAAAAUCCUAGUUGCCACGGCGACCUGGCGCCUGGAAUUUGUCGAGCCCUGGUGCGCGUGCACCCACACCCACCACCACCACCACCACCACCACCCCUACCCCUACCUUAGUGACAUUCUGUUACAAUUCUGAGUGCUUUAAAUACUUGAUGGCAAAUACAGAUAUGGCUUGCUUACAGGCAGUGACAAAUUUACUUUUUGUUAAUUACCAAUCCUUCUAUAACUUAUGAGCUAUUCUCUAUAUCUCCUGCAGCUCAUAUACUGCAUGUUGGCUUUAGAAGGUGCUUGAAAUGUACCAAACUACCACUUGUUAAAUAAAUAUGGAAAAUCAAUCUCUGUAACCUGUGUACAACCAUGCCAAGGCUAAAAUCCAGGAGUUCAACCAUAGCACGAGAGGGACUGCAUAAUUUAACGAAUGUCUUUUCUAGUGUCAGCAGUGUCUUAGACAAUAAUAUAGUGCUUGGAGAUACAUAUUGGAAAAUAUUGUUGCAGGAUACAUAUUUCAAUAUUUAUCCAUUUAUAAAUCCUUCGCAUCUGUAAAUACCAGAAGACCUGAUUUUGUGUGCGUGAAAAUUCGACUUUCCCCUCUUCUGGUAUACUGGGUUAGAGGCUUGUAUUCAUCCUGUGAAUCUGAGAACGUAGAUGUAUAAAUUAAGGAGCAGGGAAUAUAAUGUAUAUAAUGUAUAUUUUGAAAAUUAGAAAUUACUUAAAAAUGAGCCAGUUAUGGGAGGCAGCUUGAUUAUAUCUUGUUAAAUGUAGAAGAUUUAAGGGGGAUAACUGAAAGCCGUGUCCCCAGGUGAACCCCUCUCCUCCUCCCCCCCUCCCCCCCAGAUAACUCCUGUAGUUCAGCAAAAGCCCUUGUGUUUCUCUAUAUGUGUGUGUGCGCGCAUUUCAGCUGCUGAAGUCUUAGUAUGGGUGCAAAUUAAUUCCCCUCUCUUUCACAUCCAGGAUUACUCCCUAAAGUGAGAAUUCGAGGUGAAUUUCAGAUUUAUGGCCAGAGUAGCCAAACCAAAAGCAUUGCUAACCUAGAGACUUUUUCCAGAUUGGCUAUUUUGACAUUUGAAAUUCACCUUAAAUACACUGUGAAUGCUCAGUUUAGUAACUAGCCCGUUUAGUUUCAUUUUAUGUGAUAGAGGGCAGAUGUAUCAUUCUAAUUUUAUCAGAUCGUAAACAGGCAAUUUUAUACACCAUAAAGAGAAUUUUCAGAACACUUGAUGUAGCGUUGUAAAUACAACAUAUUGGUAACGUAAGCAAAAGUUGUAACAAAUUGCAAAUGUGUUAAUAUUUUUAAAUCUUAAUAUGAAACGUAAGUGUAAAGCUAUAAAUUAUGCUCAAUGCUUUACAGAUUUAUGGUUGGCUGUUUUCUGAUGCAUCUGAUUUAGUGUGAUUUGCAAUAUCCCCUCGUUGAAAGCUUGUAGUAAAUUUAUUGAUUACAUUAAAGUGACAAUCCAAGCACCAUAACCACUGCUGAUUGAAGUGCACUGCUUCAAUGGUGGCAUCCCUUCUGGAUUUGUCAUACCACUUUACACCCAGAAAAGAUUGUUUGCCAGGAUUUUGCUCACCGUGUUUUUAUCCUUUCUUAUUUUUUAUUUUUUAUUUUUUUUAUAUAUAUAUUUUUUUUUAUUCAAGGUCUCGUGCAAUAUAUUUAGAACUCUCCCACCUAGUGACAGCAACGAGUUUGAUCCAGAGGAAGAUGAACCCACGCUUGAGGCUUCAUGGCCACAUUUACAGGUAAUGGAAUUUGUUUACGGUCUAGUAUCUAUGAAUGAAUUAACUACGUUAUUGUAUGUAGUAUGCUUCCUGUAGCCAUGGCAUCGCACUGUAUGAAUGCCAAUAUUCAUAAAACUAUAUCCUUUUUAAGAUACUGGCUACAAUAUGAAAAAUAAGAAAAGUUGAGUAAUUGCGUGUUGUGAAACGUGGUAUAUGGGUUAUGCUUCCUUACUUUAGAUCCGUUUAUUCUCAAAUACAGAAAUGAAAUAAGAUCCCAAUGGGCACGUUAACCAUUUCACCCCUUACCCGUUCAUUCUUCAUAUAGGAAUGGUUAUUUAGGCCAAGCAAAUGCAUGUUUUCAGGGCCCCUCUACAACCUCUUGGCCCUAUGUGGCUGCAGGGUUAGUCCUGCUCUGCACCAAUUGCUCCUUUAUACACUGUUAUUGCAUCCUAAACGUUUACUUUUAGCUGAACCUGAUUACAUUAUGUAACAAUAUGCCAUGGUUUUAGUUUGCUAUACCGUGGUAAUAGAUCACCCAGUCCGGGUGACUUGUAGUAGGUCUGCAAACCCCAUCAACCCACCCUCAAAACUUGGUGAAACAUUCAAGAUGUGGGGGAAUCCAGUGAGCUGAAGCACUUGGUAAAAUUAUUAAAUAGUUUUGCUUUUGUCUUUAUGUGGUUAUCAUGCCCAAAUCUCCAAAGUUGUUGUUGUUUUCUAAUUGUCUAUUUAGCAGACUAAGUUAAAUGUAUGAACCUGUAGAAAACAUGUGUUGCUGUUUUUAUAUGCUUUUGCAGCACUAUUGGAGGUUCCUUGGUUGCAGUAGCAAUGGAAAAGUUAAUUUGAUUUAGUUCUGUAAUACUAAACUUUUAUUUUUGUGGGAUACCCACUGUCUGUUUUGCUCUAGAGAUUAAAAAAACACUUAUAAAAUUGCAAAACUGCGUUCUUGCACAUUGGUCUGUAGUGUUUCCACAACUGUUAUUUAAAGAGACACUGUGGGCACCAGAAGCACUAGAAGUUAGUGUAUUGGUUUUGAUGUUUAGAUCAUGCCCCUACAGGUAGAGCAGUGUAAACACGGCUGCCUAAGCUCCUCUCUAGUCGCUGUCCUUCGGACAGCCAAUAGAGGGACUUCCUGGAUCCAGUUCUGCUAAGGCUGGGGUAGCAUUAGAUUGUAGCGUUGGGAAUACAAACUUGUAUCAUGAUGCUCUCAGGCAAUGUUACUUUAACCAUACAACACAAGCCAAAAUCGUGCAAAAUGUGUUGUCCCCUUGGGGCCAAAAUUACUAAGUAUCUAAACUAGCCUUUUCUGUAAGAAUUCGUUUGCAGUGAUUUGUGAUGUUCUUUUCCCCCUCAGUACUCGCUGCCUUAUUGUCAAUGGUACCAUAAUGUUAUCAUUUUUAAUAUACUUUCAGUUUCUUUGUGUUUUUACAAGUGACCACAGGAUAAAGAUAGAUGUUCUCCCCCAUCUGUUUCUUUCAGCUUGUAUAUGAAUUUUUCAUACGAUUUUUGGAAAGCCAAGAAUUUCAACCCAGCAUUGCCAAAAAGUACAUAGAUCAAAAAUUUGUAUUACAGGUAAGUUCACUCUUCUAAAGUUAUUGUCAUCUGUACAAACUAAAAUUUGUAUUCCACAAUCACUGUUUUAAAGUAAAACACUUAAUUUUGUUCUUGACAAUAACACUAGUACACUGUGUAAGAAUUCAGCUCAGCUGAAUCGUCUAGAAAUGUUUGUUUAAUUUAUUUUUGCUCCGGCAAACCAAAUUUCAUUAUUGUGGCAUUUCAGCUCAUCCAAAUUUUGUCCAUAGAAACAUUUCAGGAAGAAUGAUGUGGGCAAGAAAAUGGGCCAGUUUGUGUACUCCCUCUCCCCCCGCAACCACCAUUGGUUAAUAAAUCAAGUGAGAAGUAACCAAUAGAGAGGGAAAAAAGGCUGUAAAAUAUAUAUUUAUACAAUACAUGUAAAUAAAAUAAACAUUUAGUGGCCCUAAAAAUCAUUAUUAUUUUUUUUCAGCAAUAUUUUUUUUUUAAAUUUAUUUUUUGCGCCAUGGUGGAACACAGAAAUUAUUAAUGAAAUGACACUUGUCAUCCAUUGUCCUUUUCAAUUCUUUCGUGAUACAUGCAAAUUAGGCAUUAGAGUUACAGAAUUUGGACCAGCUGCUGAUUGCCCAAUAAUUCAGACAAUUUGCAAUUCAUUUGAAACCGAAUGCACAGGUCUAAUAAUACAUUACAUGUCUAACCUUAUGUACAUGUUAACUAUGUGCAAUUUCCAAUUUAUUUUUUGUAUAAAGUCGAUUUUGUCUGGAAAUCUGCAGUCUGUUUCAGUUUGCUUGAUGGUUGUUUAUUAUUAUUAUUAUUGCCAUUUAUAUAGCGCCAACAGAUUCUGUAGCGCUUUACAAUAUUAUGAGAGGGGGGAUUUAACUAUAAAUGGGACAAUUACAAGAAAUCUUACAGGAACGAUAGGUUGAAGAGGACCCUGCUCAAACAAGCUUAGAAAAUGGCAAUCAAGGUGGGCGUGAAGCAGAGCUGGAGGAGAGGGUAAGGUGCUGCCCUUUAGCAGAGAGCAAGAGUCCGAUAUGUGAGGUAAAUGUUACUCUGGUAGGCCAUAAGCUUUCCUAAAGAGAUGGGUUUUAAGGCACUUCUUAGACAAUUGAAGUCUAGGGAAGAGUCUGAUGGUGGCAGGCAGGCUAUUCCAUAGGAGGGAACACCCCCCGUGCGAAGUCCUGCAAGCGUGAGUUGGCCGUUCGGGUGCGAGCAGUGGACAGGAGAAGGUCACAGGCAGAGCUGAGAGACCGAGAAGAGAUAUGAGGGGCUAGAAUUGUUCAGUGCUUUAUAGGUAUGGGUUAGCACUUUGAAUUGACUCCUAUAGGAUACAGGAAGCCAAUAGAAGGACUGAGGUGUGAGAGGACUGACUAGAGAGGAAAAUCAGUCUGGCGGCAGCAUUCAUUACAGAAUGUAGCAGGGCAAUACGUCAUUUGGGAAGACCAAUUAGGAGAGGGUUACAAUAAUCCAUGCGGGAAAUGACUAGAGCAUGGACAAGUUCCUUGGUAGCAUCUUGCGUAAGAAAGGGGUGGAUGCUGGCUAUGUUUUUUUGUUUUUUUUUUAAAGAUGGAAUCUAUAAAAUUUGGCAACAUACUGGAUGUGAGGCUCAAAGGCGAGGCCAGAAUCCAGUAUGAUGCCGAGACAGCGCGCUUGCAAGGACGGACUUAUGUGGAUACCACUAACUUAAAUGGAGAGUGAAAGAGGAGGAUCAGUAUUAGGAGGAGGAAAGAAAAGGAGCUCCGUUUUAGAGAGAGGACAUCCAGUCAGAGAUGGAAGAAUGGCAAGCUGUGUCACGUUGCAGGACAGCAGGUGAAGAGGUCCGGGGAGGAGAGUUAUAUCUGGGUGUUAUCAGCAUACAAGUGGUAGUGGAAUCCAAAAUAGGUAAUAAAUUUGCCAAGAGAGGCAGUAUAAAGAGAAAAUAGAAGGGGACCAAGGACAGAACCAUGGGGGACUCCAACCGAGGCAGAACUCACAUAAUUGUUGUGGUGAUGUGACCAACCCAACCAUUAUAUUUUACACACCUGCCAUUAGGAGUUCUUUUCAAAAGAACAUUAUGUCAACAGGUACAUCUAUGUAAUUAAAGUAUAUGCUUGCAUUUCCCAAGGUUAUAUGGAUCUUCCAUCAUCUGCAACACUAUUAGAACAUUUCCCAGCAUUCUUCAUGCAUCGCGGAUUGCUAUAAACUGGUGUGUGUGUCUCUGUCUCACAUAAGUGCUUGAGACUUUUGCUUUCCUUUUACUUUGUCAACCUGCACAAUAUAUCAGUGGCACUGCAUUUGGAUUUUCUUGGAGAGUUGCCCAUUGAGAAUUAUACCAUAAUUUCAUUAAAGGAUAGCUAUUGCACUAUUUUUUAUAGUAAUUCUUUAAUCAAGUUUUGAAAGGAAAUAGGUUUUUUGACGAGACAAACCCAUCCUCUACCUUUUAGUAUAAGAUGGGAUCCUUGUGUCAGACAGUAUUUGAAAACAGUCAAUUCGUCUCUAUGGUCUGCCCUGCUUCUGUGGAGAGAGUGAAGCCAGAAGGACCAUAGAGACUAACUUGGUUUUCAAACCCUGUCUGCCCCAAGGUGUAUCUAUAUAGCUGAAGGAUCCUGUCAUAUAAAGUUUUUCUCAUUUUGUUUAGUUAUACUGCCUUUAAAAAACAAACACAAAUUUUUUUUCCUUUUAAUCUUGAUGAAAGGAUUAUUAUAUUAAAAAUAGUUUUUAGAUGACAACUGUCCUUUAAGUAAAAUCAGCCAGCCCAUUGAAGUUCUACCAAUUCCCGAAUAUGAUAGCAAACAUAGGCAAAGCAACUUCCUUCCUUCAAAAAGAUUGGUUGGUUAAAGGAUCACUAUAGGGUCAGGAACACAAACAUGUAUUCCUGACCCUAUAGUUUUAAAACCACUAUCUAGCCCCGUUUGCCUCCAUAAAUAUAGUAAAAUCUUACUUGUAUUCAAGUCUGAAGCUGCUAAAUCUGUUUGUGAACUUCCUCUGACAUCAGAAGUGGUGGCCUGAUCCAAUCACAAUGCUUCCCCAUAGGAUUGGCUGAGACUGACAAAGAGGCAGAUCAGGGGCAGAGCCAGCAUGAUUCAAACACAGCCCUGGCCAAUCAGCAUCUCCUCAUAGAGAUGAAUUGAAUCAAUGAAUCUCUAUUAGGAAAGCUCAGUGUCUGCAUGCAGAGGGAGGAGAUACUGAAUGUUUGGAUGCAUUUUAGGCAGUCAUGACCCAGGAAGGAUCUCUGACAGCCAUCUAAGGAGUGGCCAGUGAAGUUAUCACUAGGCUGUAAUGUAAACACUGCAUUUUCUCUGAAAAGACCAUGUUUACAGCAAAAAGCCAGAAGGUAAUGAUUCUACUCACCAGAACAAAUUUAAUAAGCUGCAGUUGUUCUGGUGACUAUAGUGUCCCUUUAAACCAGGAACUGGCAAAAAGCCUUCAGCCAUUCCUGGUUGUCUUAUAAAUUUCAUGGGGAGAUCUGUACACUUGUGUGCAUUUUCUGCAUACCAAAAUGGCCACAUGCAAAGCCUGUUCAGUGAUUAGAAUUAAAAUCUGUGUGUAACGGAUCACCUGGCACCCCGAUUGGGUACCUCCAUUGAUGGAUGCUCCUAGCGAUUCUUGAGGAUUCCAAGUACUCUAGCCACCACCACAGGCCAAACCUCUCUUCCUUCAGAGCGACGCAGGAACAAGCUCUUAAAAGAGCUUAUGAGUGAUUAUAGCAAGGAAAUAUGCAGAGCAUAGCAAUCCCUUGUAGCAGAUUUCUCAAUAAGAGAAAGGACUCCAAGUUGAGAGUGAAGUAGUACUGUCUAAAACUUUAUUUUACUUGGGACUAGCCCAUAUGGUCAUUACAUUAACAUUGCUGUGUAAACUCAAUAAAAUUACAAUCAGUCAAAUCAUAGCAGGCAACAUACAGUGACUUAUUAUAACAUAAUUACAUAUUUAUAAAUGGGUGGGGAAGACCAUAAUUAACACAAUGUCUCUCCUACAUGCAGAAUUAGCGAUAUGCAAAUCACCAGUCUUGCUAUUCAGGUAGUGCAUAUUACUGUUGCUACCAACAGAGGGCACUACACAAGCUCCAUAGCCAAAUACACCUAGUUGGUAGCAAUCUUCAGCUGUACAGGAGAACAGGCAAUACAUCCCAGGGGCCAUAGUCACAUGGCAGGAGGCUGGCAAUCAGUCUUUUUCCAAUGCCCAGUGGCAAGGCUGAUAUCGCCACACUGUGUAAGGGAAUUGAAAGACCUCAGUAAUUAAUAUUUAUUUGCACAAUCCGCUAGAUUCUCUGCCUUUUUUGCUGCCCCCCCUCAAAACUGAGCAAUGGAAAAAUGCAUGCAUCUAGUUCUUUGUACGUGGAUAUACACCUAGCAGAGAGGCAAUUCUCCAUGAAGAAGCAAUAUGAUUAAGCACUCCAAACUCACAGGUCUGCUUUAACUUGUUCAUUACGUUUGUCUCUAUAUUUGAUGUGUCGUGAAAUAGGUCUUUAGCUGUGACAUGUCUUUACUCCCCAAUUGAGAAUUCCAGUUUGACAGCUUAGUUGUUUGGUUAUUGGCAAAUCUCUUACUGCUUCCUUCUUUCCUGCUUGUAAAACUGGUCCUCAUAGGUAAGUAAUUAUGGUCUAGUAGGUGGUAACAUGGGUUAAACCCUUUUCAUUAGGUUUAAUGCCAGCUGAGCACCUCUUUUCUUAUUAGAAAACCCUGUGCAGCGUCCUUCCACAGUCCAAGUUCUCCUUCCCAGUGCUUGGUUUUUUUUUCCAUGGACUUGCGAGGUGUAAAAUAAUUGAUGGUCUCCCUGAACAAUAUGGGACAGGUGAAAUUCGCUUUCUUUCCUCCUGCUGCAUAUAGUUUGCAGAAAAUGUAAUCUAAAAGGAUUGUGUUGCUAAGAAACAAAUAUAUUUAGAAUCUCUAUUCUCAUGGAGAAUAUAAAUGGACUAGCACUGACUCCGGUUGCUAGUUUUACUUAACAUAGUGAGCUAUAAUAAGCAUGUAAAUUAUGCAAAUGCUUCAGCCAACAUCUUAUAAAUAACCUUACAGAUUUAUUUUUAAAACCCCAAGGAGAUGUUCAUCGCUGAAACGUUUGUUUCCCACAAUUGCAAAGCGUGCUAACAAGGAAAGUAAACUCUUUUAUGCCGUAGGUGAAUUUCAGCAAUAAUUAUACCAGUAUCUUUUAAAACGGCUUUGAGGUGUGACGGACUGACUUUUUUUUUUUUUUGCUAAUUUGCUUUUGUCUUAACUUUCAGAUGUAAAAACAAAAGAUCAUAUAUUUUAAAAAGUAGUCAUUUAUAUGUGCAAGUCAACAGAGUGCAGGUUGGUAGUCUGUGGUUAUUAGUAGUGACAGUGUAUUAGGAUAUCCUGACUCCCAAGGUAUUGACUGCUUGUCACAAUCCCUUCUAGGAAAUCCCCUCCCUCCCUCCUCCAACAUCCAUUCAGCUUGUUUGACGCUAGUCUUACUCUAUAGACAUGAACUUUAUCGCCAUCUAGUGAGCACAACUGACUUGUGCUAUAUCUGUGAAUUUGGUAUUCAUAGAAACAUAUAAUGUGACGGCAGAUAAGAACCAUUCGGCCCAUCUAGUCUGCCCAAUUUUCUAAAUACUUUCAUUAGUCCCUGGCCUUAUCCUAUAGUUAGGAUAGCCUUAUGCCUAUCCCAUGCAUGCUUAAACUCCUUUACUGUGUUAACCUCUACCACUUCAGCUGGAAGGCUAUUCCAUGCAUCCACUACCCUCUCAGUAAAGUAAUACUUCCUGAUAUUAUUUUUAAACCUUUGUCCCUCUAAUUUAAGACUCUGCCCUCUUGUUGUGGCAGUUUUUCUUCUUUUAAAUAUGGUGGUCUCCUUUAUUGUGUUGAUUCCCUUUAUGUGUUUAAAUGUUUCUAUCAUAUCCCCUCCUGUCUCGUCUUUCCUCCAAGCUAUACAUGUUAAGAUCCUUUAACCUUUCCUGGUAAGUUUUAUCCCGCAAUCCAUGAACCAGUUUAGUAGCCCUUCUCUGAACCCUCUCUAAGGUAUCAAUAUCCUUCUGAAGAUACGGUCUCCAGUACUGUGUACAAUACUCCAAGAGAGGUCUCACCAGUGUUCUGUACAAUGGCAUGAGCACUUCCUCUUUCUACUGCUAAUACCUCUCCCUAUACAACCAAGCAUUCUGCUGCUCUAUUACAUUGUCUGCCUACCUUUGUCAUCAGAUAUAAUCACCCCUAAAUCCCUUUCCUCAGAUGUUGAGUUUAGGACUCUAUCAAAUAUUCUGUACUCUGCCCUUGGGUUUUUACGUCCAAAAUGCAUUAUCUUGCACUUAUCCACAUUAAAUGUCAGUUGCCACAACUCUGACCACCAUUUUUCUAGUUUACGUAAAUCAUUUGCCAUUUUUCUUAUCCCUCCUGGAACAUCAAAAAGACAUACCAUACCAUCAAGUCCUUCUGCAAUAUCACUAAUAAAAUAUUAAAGAGAAUGGGUCCAAGUACAGAUCUCUGAGGUACCCCACUGGUGCCAAGCCCAAGCUUCGAAUAUAUUGACUACAACCCUCUGUUGCCUGUCACUCAGCCACUGCCUUACCCAUUCAACAAUAUUGGAAUCCAAACUUAGAUUGCAGUUUAUUGAUAAGCCUUCUAUGUGCAACAGUGUCAAAAGCCUUACUGAAAUCUAGGUAAGCAAUGUCUACUGCACCACCCUGAUCUAUAAUUUUAGUUACCCAAUCAAAAAAAUCAAUAAGAUUAGUUUGGCAUGAUCUCCCUGAAGUAAACCCAUGUUGUCUCUGAUCUUGAAAUCCAUGUGUUUUUAGAUGUUCAACAAUCCUAUCCUUUAACAUGGUUUCCAUCACUUUCCCCACUACUGAAGUAAGGCUUACUGGCCUAUAGUUGCCCGACUCCUCCCUAUUACCUUUCUUGUAAAUGGGCACAACAUUCGCUAACUUCCAAUCUUCUGGGACUACUCCUGUUAACAAUGAUUGGUUAAAUAAAUCUGUUAAUGGUUUUGCUAGUACACCACUAAGCUCUUUUAAUAGCUUUGGGUGUAUUCCAUCAGGUCCCAUUGACUUAUUUGUCUUUACUUUUGACAGUUGAAAUAGAACCUCUUCCUCUGUAAACUCACAUGUAAUAUAUAACUCAUUUGUCCUUUUUCCCAACUGAGGUGCCUUUUCUUCAGAUUUUCAUCUGUAUAUACUGAACAAAAAUAAUCAUUGAGGCAAUCAGCUAGACCUUUAUCCUCUUCUACAUACCUUCCUUCCUUUUGUUUUUAAUCUAACUAAUCCUUGUUUUACUUUCCUUUUCUCAUUUAUAUAUCUAAAAAAAGUUUUUUUGUUUCCCCCCACCCCCUUUUUUUUUUACUGACUGUGCUAUUUCUCUUCUUUGUUUGAUUUGGAAGCUCUUCUAACUUGCUUAGCCUCUUUCUGCCUAAUCUUAUACAGCAUUCUUCUUCUUAUAGAGUCUUCCUCACUCUUGGUAUUUUUAUAAUUACUAAAUGCUAACUUUUAGUUUUUUACUAUUUUGGCCACAUUUGCGAAAUACCACAGUGGUUUCUUGACUUUUUUGCUUUUACUGACAAGCCUAAUGCAAUUUUCUGUUGCCUUCAGCAGUGCAACUUUUAAAUAAUCCCAUUUCUCUUGGACUCCACUUAAAUUGCUCCAAUUUGAUAACGACUCCUUUACACAUAUUCUAAUUUUAGAAAAGUCUGUUUUUCUAAAGUCUAAAACUUUUGUUUUUGUGUGAUGUGACUCAGUCACUGUUCUUAUAUUAAACCACACUGACUAAUGAUCACUGGAUCCUAAACUUUCACCUACAGUAAUAUCUGAUACCAAAUCUCCAUUUGUUAACACUAAAUCUAGUAUGGCCUCCUUACGAGUUGGCUCCUCAAAGACUUGUUUUUAGAGACAAUCCCAGUAGGGAGUUUAGAAUAUGUGUGCUCCUGGUACAAGUAGCUAAUUUUGUUUUCCAAUUUACAUCAGGAAGAUUAAAGUCACCCAUGAUGAUAACUUCCCCCUUCAUUGUCAUUUUAGCUAUUUCCUUAACUAGUUGAUUAUCUAACUCUUCUGUUUGUCCUGGGGGCCUAUAAAUCACACCUACAUGUGUGAUUACCAAAUUCUAACGUAACCCAAACGGACUCUAUGUUCGCCUCACUAACUUUUAUUAGGCUAGAUUUUAUGCUAUCCUUCACAUACAGGGCCACCCCUCCCCCUUUCUUGCCUUCCCUGUCUUUUCUAUAUAAAGAGUACCCUGGUAUUGCUUUGUCCCAGUCAUUUUCCUCAUUAUACCAUGUCUCCGUAACAGCGACUUAAUCUAAACUAUCAGUUGCCAUUAUUGCCACAAGUUCAUGGAUCUUAUUCCCUAAACCGCGAGCAUUUGUAGACAUGACUCUAAGCUUAUCCUUUUUUAACACACUUGCUAAAGGCACCAUCAGUCCUUGUUUUGGGGGGCAAUUGGAUUGAUGUUUUAUCACCCUUUUGACCCCCACUCCUAGUUUAAAUACAUCCUAGCAAAACCUCUGAACUGCUCACUGAGAACAUUUGUUCCAUUUUGAGAAAGAUGCAAACCAUCUUUUUUGUACAGGUUAUUUCCAUUCCGAACAGAGCUACCAUGAGAAAUAAAGCCAAAUCCUUGCUCCCUACACCAUUCACCAAGCCACAAAUUAAAGUCCCUAAUACACAUCCGCCUGUCGUUCUGAGUGUUAUGCACAGGCAGAACUUCAGAGAAUGACAGUGUGGAAGCAACCUGCCGUAUAUCAUUGGCAAAAACUCUAAAAACUUCCUUAACCUCUGAAACCUAAUUGCAAGCCAAGUCAUUUGUCCCUAGAUGGACAAGUACAUCCAAUUCCACUUCCUGCUUUGCUCGCUUAACAUUAUUACAAAUACGUCUCCUGUCUCUGUGAGCAGUAGCUCCGGAAAGUCACCUCACAAGACCACCAUUGUCCAUCUCCAUACCUCUUAUGAUGGAAUCCCCAACAACAACUGCUUUCUAUUAGGCCUCACCACAGUCUCCAAGCCUGUCUCCACAACACCACUACCCUCAGUGCCUGAGCCUGUCUCCACAACACCACUACCCUCAGUGCCUGAGCCUGUCUCCACAACACCACUACCCUCAGUGCCUGAGCCUGUCUCCACAACACCACUACCCUCAGUGCCUGAGCCUGUCUCCACAACACCACUACCCUCAGUGCCUGAGCCUGUCUCCACAACAACACUACUCUCAGUGUCUGAGCCUGUCUCCACAACACCACUACACUCAGUGCCUGAGCCUGUCUCCACAACACCACUACACUCAGUGCCUGUCUCCAUAACACCACUAUCCUCAGUACCUGAGCCUGUCUCCAUAACACCAUUACACUCUGAAAGGGCAGAAAAUGAAUUAUGUAGAGUAACAGAGUUGAGGAUAAAAGGCAUAUUGCACAGUCUAAGUCUACCAGAUCCUACAGUAAUCCAUCUGCCAUUCCUAGGACGUCUCUGCGGCAGUGGCUUUGAAGUAGUUCCAGCCUGAGUUUGUUUACCAGAUAAUUUACAAAUCUGAGACUUCAAAAAUACAAUCUCCUGCUGCAAUAUAGAGAACUGUCUACAGAUUAGACCGCAUCCAAAUCUCAAAAAAGUGUAACGUGAAGCAAAUGCAUGACAACUAUUACUCUGAACUAAGUCUGCCAAUUCAAUGAGGUGAAUAAUUUAAAUCAAACAAAUAUUAAAAAAUGUCCUCCUGAAUACCUCAGAUUACCUCCAGUUUAUCUCCAGCCACACACUUAGAAGCAGCACUCUCCAGAAUAUCUCCAACCACACACUUAGAAGCAGCACUUAGAUCAGGGGUCCUCAAACUCCGGCCCCCCAGAUGUUGCUGAACUACAACGCCCAUGAUUCUCUGGCUAUCUAUGUAAUUCAAAGAAUCAUGGGUGUUGUAGUUCAGCAACAUCUGGGGGCCCGAAGUUUGAGCACCCCUGAAUUUGAUGAAGCAACCAAGCUAUUCCAUACUGUAGUAUUAAUAGUAACAGUGCUAAUGUACCCUUUGCAUAAUGACCAGGCUAUGUAUAUCAUUAUACAGAACUUAAUUUAUUUAUUUUUUUAAAUGGUAAGUAUUUUAUAAGCGUUGCAAUAAAAACUUUUUAUUUUUAUUUAUAUUUAUAUAUAUAUAUAUAUAUAUAUUUUAUUAUUUAUUAUUAUUAUUUUUUAUUUUUUUUAAGGAAGUCUGCUAGACUUGGACAAUUAAUUAGUCUUUUAGCUGACCAGAUGUGUAAGUGGCUGCAAGUAUAAUUCCAAUUAGGGUGGCCCACAUUGAUUUGUGAAAGGAGCACUAUAGAGCAAUACAAAUUAAUAAAGUCAAAAUUCUUAGACUCCCUCGGUCUGCUCACCUCUCAUUGUCAUUGGAAAGGCGAAUUAAGUUUCCAAGUAAUGUGAUUACAUUUUACUCAGUGCAGUCAGUAUGAUGGCUACUAGAGGCAUGUUUAACCCUCUUCAAGAUAAGCAUUGUACUUUUAUACAAAAUAUCAGUGUUUUUUACCUUGAAGUGUUAAAAUGACAUGACCUCUGCACCGAUACCAAUUCAUUGAGCUGUAUAGUGGUCUUUUAAUAAAUUUACAACUCUGUGCAUGACUGUAUACUCUACCUUUUGUAUUCAGUUAAUCCAGGAGGCAUGGAGAAACCUGUGUAAGAGGCAAUCUAAAUCCCCUCACAAUGUUUUCAAUGUGAUUUUAAAUAUUGAUAAGACAUUUGAAAACAUAGCUGGAUUCUGUCUCUCUCUAAAAGGUUGCUCUGCUUAUUGUCUAAACAUUGUUAGUCAAUGAUUUAUUUAUUUUUUAACAAAGAGACAUUUUGAGCAAUCUGUCAAACAUUUCACAUUCUUUAAAUAUUUAUGAUUUUUUUAGCCAUUUUCUGCCUCUAGUUUACAAUGGCUGCUACCUUUGUACACCUCCCUAAGGCAGCACACUUGAAUGAUCUCUUCUUACUUUUCCACCAAUCAAACUUGUCUUUAACAGGUGAAAACAUCUUAAUUGACUGUUUUAUUUUGGGGUUUUUUCCUGUGCCACAGAACAGACUGACUGCAAUUUAAAAACAUAUUUACUACCACGAGCUAGCAAACACCCUUUUCAUCAUAUCAUCAGAUCAUCCUGGAAGUAAAAUUACCUUAACACUAUCUACCCCAUUGGUCCCAUAGGGAAGCUUUGGGUUAGCUGAGACUGUUAAUUCUGAUGAUCUCAGCCUAGGAGGUGGACCAAGGGGGCAGAGCCAAAUGUCACCCUGGCCAGUCAGCAUCUCUUCAUAGAGUUGCAUUGAUUCAAUGCAUAUCUAUAAGGAAAGUUCAGUGUCUCCAUGCAGCAUGCAGCACUGCAUCAGGAAGCACCUCUAGCCAUAUGAGGAGUGGCCAGUGGAGUUAUCCCUAGGCUGUUACGUAAACACUGCAUUUUCUCUGAAAAGACAGUGUUUACAGCAAAAAGCCUUAAGGGAACGAUUCUUCUCACCAGAACAAAUACAAUAAGCUGUAGGUGUUCUGGUGACUAUAGUGUCCCUUUAAGGUGUCUUGCAUUUUUCUUAGUGCUGCUUCUCUCCUUACAAUGUGGCAAACGUGAUGUUCUACCACACGUUACAACACGGUUACUGAAAAUAUAAUACAUUCCUAAUCACUUAUGGAAUGACCCACAAAGUGUCGGGCAGCAUCACAAGCCUCAGAUAAUCCAUGGGUCAAACUGACUUCUACCAAAUCUUUUACUUUGAGCAGUGAUCGUAAUUAGACCUUAAAGGGAAAGCAUUGCCUCUCUGGAUAUUGCAUUGAAUAAAACCAUUAAAGGACCACUAUAGGCACCCAGACCACUUCAGCUUAAUGAAGUGGUCUGGGUGCCUGGUCCAGCUAGGGUUAACCAUUUCUGCUGUUAACAUAGCAGUUUCAGAGAAACUGCUAUGUUUAACUAUAGGUUAAUCCAGCCUCUAGUGGCUGUCUCAUUGACAGCCGCUAGAGGCGCUUCCGCGCUUCUCACUGUGAUUUUUCACAGUGAGAAGACCCACGUCCAUAGGAAAGCAUUGAGAAUGCUCUUGCCGCGCAUGUGCAUUCAGCCAGGGACGUCAGAAGAGGGAGGAGAGUCCCAGCGCUGAGGGAGCCUGGCGCUGGAAAAAAGUUAAGGGAUUAACCCCUUCCUCCCCCCCUCAGCGCCACGGGAGUGGGACCUGAGGGUGGGGGCACCCUCAGGGCACUAUAAUGCCAGGAAAAAGAGUGUGUUUUCCUGGCACUAUAGUGGUCAUUUAACCCCUUAAGGACCAAACUUCUGGAAUAAAAGGGAAUCAUGACAUGUCACACAUGUCAUGUGUCCUUAAGGGGUUAAAAUCAUUUAUAACUUCUGUCAAAUCUUAUUUUUUUUUUUUUUUUUUCUUCUUCUCCCAACUGAUGCUUCAUUCUGUCUUAAUAUUUAAAUUAACAAUUUAGCAAAUGCCAUCACAAUCCAAUUCUGUCCAGACACAGCUGUGGCAUACAAUGGAAAUGAAGAGGAGAUAUAGAUAUAUUGUUUAAUUUCUCCUCUUCUAUGCUGACUGUGAGGUGCAAAGGACAGAGCUUAUAAACGUGAUUGACUGGUACAUAAGAUUGAGGCGCCAAGUUACAGGAUAAGAGGCGUCAAUUUCUACUCCUCAAGAACAUCUCUUAAAUAUAGUGGAUACGUAAACCUAAUAUCGAAAAUUCUGGGAAGUGACCAUUCCACUUUAAGACACAUUUUAUUGUAGCUGGGAAGAACUUGUGGGCUUUCUCUGUAGGACCCAGCAGAAUUGUGCAGGGCAGUGAUAUGAAUAUUCAUAUCACUGCCCUGCACAAUUCUGCUGGGUCCUACAGAGAAAGCCCACAAGUUCUUCCCAGCUACAAUAAAAUGUGUCUUAAAGUGGAAUGGUCACACACACACACACACACACACUGGCCGCCCAAUGCUUUCCUAUGUGAAAGCAUUGAAUUUGAUCUCAGCCACGGAGUUGAGAUGAGGCUGGGCCAGCCGCGACACUGGAAAAAGGGAAGUAAAAUACCUUUUGAAAUGGAGGCUGGACACCUAAACUGUGAUUUUUAACACUACAGUCUCAGGAAUACAUGUUUGUAUUUUUGACACUAUAGUGUUCCUUUAAGGAAAAAAAAGAAAGUGUGACUUCUGAUAAAUAUUUUCUUUUCUUUUUUUCUUCUGCUUUUUAUUUGUCAUUUUUGUUCGUCCUUUGAAGGACUUAACAUAAUUUUUUGUUGAAUUCCUUUUCCAUACGGUGUAAGGGAACACGUGGAUUUAGCUUUGUUUUUGGUUUCUGCGUUAAUUGGUCGGGCCCUGUAUUUGCUCUCUCCAGGUUUCUAUUCAGGGACAAACACCUUGGUAAGAUGAGGAGUCUCCUGGUUUCAUAGCCAAGUCCGUGUCCGGAGGAGGGGACUCUCUGCCAUGUUCACUCUGAAAUUUAGCCUUUCAUUUCAUUCAGUAGAAGCAGGAGUCAGAAACCUUCUCGACUCUGUGCCAAAAGAGGGUAUUUACAAUAGUCUGACAGUAAACGUAUCUGAAAACACCCAUUUAGUGUUAAUAUGUCACCUAAGGCUGCAAUCCUAUCCGCAUUUGAUCACAUUUUUAAGUAACUCCUAUUGAAGCAGCUCACUGUGUAUCACUGGUUGUCAUGCUUCAAAAUAUCUUGAAAUAAUUGCAGUUCUCUGUCUCGCUUUAGAAACUGGAUUUGAGUAACCCUCAUGAUCAUUGGCAGAACACCUCGAAUAUACUUUGGCAAUAUGUUGCACAAGAGUACGUUUAAUACACGUUGGCUUCUAAAUAACAUCACAGUAUUAUUAUAAUGCACCACCAGAGGCUGUCUUCUAUUCUGUCUACUAUUAUUUAUUAUCACAUUGCUCCAGAUAUUCAUUAGACUUAUUAUGUUGCUCCAGAUGUUUGUGAGGUGAAGCAUUAUUAAAAUAGCCCUCUAGCUGUUGUGUUCUACGUGGUUUCUCUUUUAGAUUAGGGGCACCCAAAUGCUGCUGAAGUCUUAAUACUGAAUCAUUUCAUACAUUCAGAGUAUAGAUAAAGAAACUCAUUGCAAACUAUUGCAUUCUGUAUUAUGGAGUCUUUUUUUUUUUUUUUAUUGAAGUAAUUUCAUUUUCCCCCCUUUUCUCCAUAGCUUUUAGAGCUAUUUGACAGUGAAGACCCCCGUGAAAGAGACUAUUUAAAAACAGUCUUGCACAGAAUUUAUGGAAAGUUUCUUGGACUUAGAGCAUUUAUUCGAAAACAGAUUAACAAUAUUUUUCUACGGUAAGUUCACUCUGUUUAUGAUAAAUUAAGUAGCAGUAGCCUGUGGUUCAGUUUGAAGGGAUUGUGGUUGAAUCUUCUAAUGAAAUAUGGGAAUUUUUGGCUGCUUUGCUGAUGGGCAGUUACCCAGCAUUAUUACAUAAGUAUGCAGUGGGUGCCCUGCAGGGCAUUGACCAGCCAAUCAAGCCACCACAUGUUCUCCUCACUGGGGAUUAAAACCCACCGACAUGCCAGUUCUGUUGAGUUUAUCAAUAGUCUCUGGGCUGUGGAGUUAUGGCUGCUGGUGAGUUGACAGGUGGGGUUUGGUGGUCUUGGUGGUCGAAAUGGCAGCUCAAAGUGGGGAACAUUUUCAGCUCAAUAAAGUUUUCAACUGCCUCUGCUGGUUAACUGCCCAUGAUUCUGCUUUUUCACGAACUUGAAAAAUAAUUGUCCAUCUUCUUAUGGGGGUGUAUUGUUUUGGUUUUAUUGGAGUGGGGGGGGGGUUGUAAAUAUUUUGUAAACCUUUUGAGCACAUUUUUCUGUAUAUUUCUGUGUAAGAAUCUGAGCAGAUAUCCAUAAAGUAAGUUCUUUUUCUUCAUUGGCAAUAUUUCCAUCCACUGACGCUUUUAGCCAGUGAAUUGGGUCCUAAUGGGAAUAAAAUUAAUAUAGCUGAUGCAGAUAGGGCAUUUCUAAUUUUGCAAUGUCUGUGAAUAGCGAAACUUUUUUUUUCAGUAGAAGUAAUCGUUUCUACACAGUUUAGUUUUUAUUGUUUUGGAAAAGCCAUGGUGACUGUUGAUUUUGAUAACACUUUGUUAUAAGAUGUUGUGAAUCCGAAGUUCCACUUAUAUGGUACGCUUCUAAUGGCUUCUACUUUAUUUUGUAGGUUUGUUUAUGAAACUGAACACUUUAAUGGUGUAGCGGAAUUGCUGGAAAUAUUAGGAAGGUAAGAACAGUAAUUAUUGUACAAACGAAGCAAUUAACUAGCAUAAUGCUAUAACUAUUGCUAUUGUCAUACACACCCUUAUUUCUAAGCUAACUUGAGAUAAUUUUAUUUGCUGCCUCCCAAUUAACACCAGAAAUUGUUCUUUAAAAUAAGCUGCUUCUUUUUUUUUUUGACUAUGAAAUAAGCAUUUUUAUUAAAACUUUACUCCAGCCACCACGACCACUUCAGUGAUUUAAAGUGGUUAUGGUGGGAGCAGUCUGGAUGUGCAGUUUUUUUGCUUGAAACACUGCACAUCCAUAGUUAUUGUCAAUUGUGUCCUGGGGGCUCACCUGACUUUGGAAAGCCUGAACUCUGUUCCAGGCUGCCUAAUGCCAGUUUUGUGCACACUGCCAAUAGAUGUAAAAACCUCCCCAUUGCAGACCCCCUUCCUCCCACUAUUUUUAAAGUAGCAAAUCCAACCCACUCUCCCCUUGCCAGCUCAGAUUACACACAUGCGCUCUGAGCUGGUGAAAUGGUCCAAUCACAGGCUUUUCAUUAUUAUUCUAAUCGACCGCGCAACAACAUGAUGGAGCUUAGAACAGCAGCGCCAGGAGCUUCGCCUGGCGCUGGGUUAAGGUAAGUUUUUUUUUUUUUAAAUCCUUGUUUUAUGGUGGGUGGUAUAAUAGCUAUGCCCAAUUCAGCAUUUGUAAUGGAAAAAAAUAGAUUUUAUUUUUUUUAGAGUGUUGGAGUAACGCUUUGUGUUUUUUUAAUACCCUCACAAAUAUACUAACCACUGGAUCCUUUGUGUUCCCCUUUAACAGUAUUAUCAAUGGUUUUGCGUUGCCUCUGAAAGCUGAGCAUAAACAAUUUCUCGUCAAAGUGUUGAUUCCUCUUCAUACUGUCCGCAGCCUAUCUCUCUUCCACGCACAGGUAUGCAUAUAGUAAGGUUUGCAUUUACUUUAAUUUUUUUGUUGUUUUUGGUUUUAUUACUGGGCUAUUUUGUGCAGUCCUUUUAAAGGAACACUGUAGCGUUAGGGUUCCUAUCUGUAUUCCUAACAUUACAGUCCUGAUGUCCCUUGUCAUUUAGACCCGCACCAUGUGUCCAAAAAUAAAGCCAAAAUAAAACAAAAAGAAAUUGCUUACUUUUUCCCCCUCAAACGCUGAGUCUCCCUUGGCAGUGCCGCAACCUCCUCCUCUGGUUAUGUCAUCCAUUGUAUUCAAUAAUUCUCUAUGGCUGACCGUGACGGUACUGCACAUGCACUUAAGUCAUGGUAUGAGAGGCAGGAAGUAAGAUUCCCGGAGAGCUUAGAGGCGUGGUUUCAAACUGCAUUUCCGUGCCUCCUAUUUAAUUUAAUAAAGGGUUUUGGGGGGUAGAAUUGGGUGGCCAAUACUGAAGGCACUAGAACAACUUGGUUACAAAGUAAGCCUGCUCUGUGAUUUUUAACUCUGUGUGCUUGCCAUGGGCAUCUUACUUUGUUUUAACAGACAAUCUUAACGUGUUGCUGACUGCUUGUAUGUCUGUCAAUAGGAUCACAUGUGGCUCUUGCUGCCUGUCUACUAGAUUUUACCAAGGUUCCCUGCACAAUAACUUAAACCUCUUGCCCUGUCUUACACCUGCGUAAUAAGCAAAACAUAGGAUGUUAGAGGCUUGCUUAUUAUGCAAAGGUUUAAAAUCAACUUUUAAUAUUAACUCUUUGUAUUCUCUUUUUGCUAUUUUUUUUUCAAGGUUCAAAUGCUGAAUAAACAAAUCUCGUCUGUUGUUGUAAUUGUAUGUUUUACUUUUGCGUUUUAUUCUUUGUUCUAGUUGGCAUAUUGCAUAGUACAGUUUCUGGAAAAAGAUCCUUCACUCACAGAACCAGUAAGUGUUGACAAUUAAUUUCUCCGGCUGAAAUCCUGUGCUGUGUAGGAGGAGACUUUUAACGGUUUGUUGCUCUCGCCUUUUAAUAGGUUAUUCGAGGGCUGAUGAAAUUCUGGCCGAAAACGUGCAGUCAGAAAGAGGUAAGCCAAGAGAGCAGCAAACAUUUGAAACAUGUAGGACUCUUUAAAUAACAUAGAAACUAUAUUUCAUACAGAAAGUGCUUUUUUCAGAGGAGAAUUGGACAGCAGCCAAGGGUGUUGUGGUUAACAUGGAGAAAUGUGAAAUUCUAGAACAGAUUGUGCUGUGGCAGCUAAUACUGAAUAUACAGAAGACAAACAUGUUUAUUAAUUCUUCUCUGAUCGUUCAAUGAUUGAAAGAUAGAACGUUUCCUGGUCACAGAGUAUUGCGUCUGUAUUAACAGGAUCUGUUCAAUACACGUUUAUCAUUUCUUUGAACAAAGUGAUUUAAAGGGAUGGACACACCUCAAUAGUAUGUUGUAUGAAGCGGGCGCCUCUUGUACCAGCACUUUCAUUUGUUUUGUAGCUUGUACUUUGUUAAGCAGUUUGAGGAGAACCUCGUGUAGUAAAAACAUUUAAUAGCCUUUGAACUACUUAUUUUAAGAAUGCUGUAGGGCUUAAAGGAUCACUAUAGUGUCAGGAAAACAAAGCGGUCUGGGUGACUAUAGUGUCCCUUUAAUGUAGCCUAUAGAAACAAGACUUAUACCCCGUCUAUGAUAUUCUCAGGCGUGGGUGGCCGCAGUGUUGUGGAUAUCCUGGCAUUACAAUUGACUUCUAGUGGCAUGGUGCAGAUAGUCAUGAACCCUUUGGCUACACUCGUCAUGGUUGAUGUUGGUGCGUGGCUUCCAUUUAUAAUCCUGGGAAAGCAUACUCCUCCUCCCUUAUUGGUGCCUGGUUAUUCUGAGGCCCUUAGCUCAGUCACCCACCACUUUGCUGCUAUUCCUUCUCUCCGGUACCUGCUUACUGCCAACCUCCUGUGUAUUUCUGGAUUUUGAAAGCGGCACUGUCCUCACAAGACAUAAUUUGCAAAGACCCUCGAUAACGACAUUGCCGCUGGUUGAGUGGGGUAAGGGGGCAGGGAAAGGUGAGAUUUACUUGCCGGAAUCUGUCCUUUUCUGCAAUCUUCUUCCUGGUGGUCCUCUUCAGCAGCGCCUGGAGCCUGUAUCACUGCUGUACUCCUGCACAUGUGCAAGAGUGCAGCAUUUAGUCAUUGAGACCGUGGGAUGCUCCAUAUCACUGGUGACUGCUGGGAGAUUGGCACUUCUAGACUGCGGUAAGCCCGCCCAGUGUCCCGAAGCAUAAUUUAUAUACUGAGACAAAGUAGUGUCCCUUCCAUUUAUUUAAAUGUGCAUAGGGAUUGGGGUAGUGCGCAGGUAACUCUUUUCUUUGUAUGUAUUGGGGCUGAUGAGUGCUAUGGUCGUUGCUGCCGCCCAGGAGUAGUGGGAGUUUGAGCGCAGGACUUCUUGUUUAUUUGUAUUUGCUCUUGUAUUACACAGCCUUGUUACAGUGCUGCUGUCUUGCACAUGUGUUCCUUAUUAAGGGUUAAUAAGUAUAUGGGGAUUUAGAAAAAUACCCCUCUCUGUCUCAUUAGAAUUUACCUAAAGCUGAAAAAAAGCAGCAAGGUGAAUUGUCGGUGAAGGACUCGCCUAAAAGGUUUGCCUUGACGUGGCAGGUGAGCUUACACUUAAGUGGCCACUGAAGCAAUGUUAAAAACCUGCAGUUAUUUAAGUGUGCAUCGGUAUUUUGGAUCGUACUGUAAUAAACCCAGAUGCCCUCAAUAAUCCGUUUAACUCUUUGAAUAUCUGCAAGGAUAAGCAUAGUUUUUCCACUGCUACCUUUGUGUUAAUAACCUAAUCAGUAAUGUAUUUCCCUCUGUACCAUUUCUAUUAGGUCAUGUUCCUCGGGGAGCUGGAGGAAAUUUUGGAUGUGAUUGAACCUUCACAGUUUGUUAAAAUUCAGGAACCUUUGUUUAAACAGAUCUCCAAGUGUGUAUCCAGCCCUCACUUUCAGGUCAGUAGUUUUUGAAUGACUUGUCAAUUAAAAGGAGUGCAGUCCCCAAAUUAAUGUCAAAUAUUUUUGAAGGAUUUUGACAAAAACUGAAGCCCUCCUGGAAACCCAUAUCCAAAGUGGAAUUUACACGUCUGCAUUAUCAUCUACGGUUUGAUCUGACUUGGAUGUCAGUGAUAUAUGGAGAGCACUGGGGGGAAAGCCUAGCAAUCUCCGUCUAUGAUUGCCAUCCAGAACUGGACAAUUUUACUCUUGAUAAUGCCUACUGUACCACUUUAAGAAUGUGCACACCAUAGUGGUGGGCUUAACACACUAUGGCAAUAUGGUUGAACUAAUCCCCAUAUUUAUUUGCAGAGAUAGGUGAUCUUAAAGGACCACUAUAGGCACCCAGACCACUUCAGCUUAAUGAAGUGGUCUGGGUGCCAGGUACCUCUAGGAUUAACCCUUUCUCCUGUACACAUAGCAGUUUCAGAGAAACUGCUAUGUUUACUUUAGGGUUAAUCCAGCCUCUAGUGGCUGUCUCAUUGAGCAUGCUUUCCUAUGAGACUGCCUGAAUGCGCGCGCGGCUCUUGCCACGCAUGCACAUUCAGCUGAUGACAUCAGUAGAGGGAGGAGAGUCCCAGCUCUGAGGGAGCCCGGUGCUGGAAAAAGGGUAAGGGAUUAACCCCUUCAGCGCCACAGGAGUGGAACCCUGAACGUGGGGGCACCCUCAGGGCAGCACUAUAGUGGUCCUUUAUGUUGCCUUGUAAAAUUUGUGUGUGUGUGUGUGUGUGUGUGUGUGUGUGUGUGUGUGUGUAUAUGUAUGUAUGUAUGUGUAUAUAUAUAAUUUUAUCCUGAUGAAAGUCCUCUAUGCAGGACUGAAACGUUGAUAGUUUUUAUACUAUGUUAUAAUAAAUUUUGGACUUUUAACACGUGAGUGCUCCUGCCUGAUAUGGAUGGAUGAAUAAUACUAGCCAUGGCAUGCUAGCACCCGAUCUCUAAGGGAUAUUCAAGCAUGAGUGCAGGAAUAUUUUGUGUGUGUGUGUGUAUAUGUAUAUAUAUAUAUAUAUAUAUAUAUAUAUAUAUAUAUAUAUAUAUAUAUAUAUAUUUGUGUUUCAGAGCUGUUUUAUGCAGCAGACACAUACUCCAAGGAAUCUGUGUAUAAAAUGGAAUUAUGAGGCAAAAAUGUGGUUCCUUGUUGAGCUCAUUUGCAUACGCCAUCCCAGACUCCCUUGCAGUAGUGAGAGAACAGUUACAGUGAGAUUUCUGUGGUAAAAGCAAGUCUUAUGGCUUGCCAGAUGUGUAUAUUUGUGUUUAACAUUACAUUAACUAUCCACACUUUUUCCCACCAGAACGUAUUUGGUAUAUUUAAUAUACACACACACAUUUUUGAUUUGGAAAUGUUGAAAUGUUACCACUUUAUUUCUAGGUGGCAGAGAGAGCUCUAUACUACUGGAACAACGAAUAUAUCAUGAGUUUAAUAGAAGAGAAUUCCAAUGUAAUCCUUCCCAUAAUGUUUGCAAGUCUCUAUAGGAUUUCCAAAGAACACUGGAACCCGUAAGUAUACAGUACCCCUAUACCAUCAUCACCUAGACCUCUCCUAGAAUUCCACCAAUCUGUUGCCUCAUUUAAAGGGACACUAUAGCUUAAUGUAUAUGGAAAUAGUCAGUCCUUGCAGGCAUUUUCAUGUACAUUUACAUUGCUCCCUAGGAACACCUCUAGUGGUAGUCAUUCAGAUGGACAGUAAAGGUGCUUCCUGGAUUGUGCACCGACAUUCAGCGUCUCCACACUCUGCAUUAAGGCGCUAAACUUUCCCCGUGAAGAUGCAUUGAUUCAAUGCAUUUUUACAAGGAGAAGCUUUGGAUUGGCUGAGAUUAUCAAUUCUGAUGAUCUCAUCAAGGCGGUGGAUCUGGGGUGGGACCAGCACCAGCAGACUGGAAUAAACGUAAGAUUAUACUAUAUUUAGGGGGCAAGGGAGGGCUGGGGUGCUAAAUAGUGUUUUAAACACUUUAUUUUUUUUGUAUUCUUGAUCCUAUCAUGUUUCUUCAAUGAGCCAAUUUUAGUUUGUGGUUGACACGUUGACUUUCUUGUAUCCUGUGUUUAAGAGCAUUGGUGUCAUGCAGAUACAUGUAAAAUAUGAAAUAUAUUUGCUUUCCUGUACAUUAUUUGCCAGAAAUCUGUAAAACAUUUGCACCUAUCCCCAAAUAUCCUUAAUAAAAUGUACCUGAUUCAUCAAUGGCAUUAUUUGUUGCAAGACUCUACUACAUAGUCUCAUGGAAACUGCUCCUCCUCUAAUAAGAUGUUGAUCAUUCUGAGAUUUAUAUUGGAAGGAUUAAAACCAUUAAGUUAAACAAAACAUAUUUUUUUGCUUAAUCAUGGGGAUUAUUCCAUAAAAAGCAAGCCCUGUCAAAUGUAGUUCUACAUACAAUAAUACAGUUAAUAAAAAAAAUCUCAAACGUGACCCCCCUUAUUUAGUCUGUCCUUAUUGUUCCCUACACUGCAAUCUUUCUUGGACGUCCAUUGACCCCCAACCCCAAACUAUUUCAAAUAUUUUUCCAUUUCCUUCUUUUGAAUCAACAGCAUAAAAUGUGUAUUUUUUUUUUUUUUAAAGGCUGAGCUUGAAACUGCAUUUAUAGUACUACUAAAAAUGACAAUUUCCGUGAAAUUGUGCACUCUACUUAUUGCGGGAUAGCGGGUUAGCAGGGUGUCGCCAGGGAGCUGAGGGCAAUCUUAGCUUGAGGGGGAGGAAAAAACCCCCCACCUAAAAUAAAAGUAGGGACAUCAAAUGUUGAAAACACACACAGUUUUCUUUAAUGAAUAAUUAUCUUCACUGUAAUCCAUGAAUACAUGGACCAAACACUUGCUGAUCUUACGUCUUCUCCUUUGCAGGGCCAUCGUAGCUCUUGUGUACAACGUGUUAAAAGCAUUUAUGGAGAUGAACAGCACCUUAUUCGAUGAACUGACAGCCACUUACAAGUCAGAUCGCCAGCGGUAACUCUAUAUAGUUGUUUUGUUUUGUUUAUUUUAUUUUUUUUUUGGUUUUCUAUUCCUUUUAAAUUUUUAUUUUUUUUAAUAUAUAUAUUAUUAUUACAUUAUAUAUUUUUAAUUUAAUUAUUUUUCCCAUUUAUUUUAUUUUUAUUAUCAUUUAGCCAGGCAGAAACUUCCCGUGGCAUGUGGCUCUCUAUGCUGUGAUGUUGAGAUCUUGAGCAUUUUGGUCUCAAACCUCAAACCUUUUGAAUGCCAGUGGAGUGUACUAAAUAUCUUGUUUUCUCUCUGGUACCCAAAUACUUUUGCUAGAGAGCAGAAUGAGUGAUUGUACUGAAGAAGCCGAUUAAACCGAAUUGGUGAUAAAAGGUUCCCUACAACUAUAUAACUCUGGAGAGUCUGACAUAAAAAUAAGAAACGAUCAAGUGAGAUUCGGCAUGAAAAGUACCAGCAGAAUGGACCCUUGGUCCACAUGCUGUGACAGGUGCCAUUGUAGAAGGCCUGCGAUGCAGUUGGUAAAGGUAGAUGUACUCUAAGAUGAUCAAGGUUUAAUCUUUUUAAAUACAAAGUCGCACAGCUCCGUUUCUUGGUCACAUUUGAGAUAAUCAAUAUUUUAAACUUUCUAGAAGUAGUUCAGUGUGGUAGUCCCAUAGCCGUAUCAGAGUAUAAAGAUUGCUGAAUCUAGAAAAAUAAAGCAUACAGUGUUCUGAACACGUGUGGGAUGCACACUUUGAAAGUGGCUACAAUAGGUCAGCAUGAUCAAUGCUAAAGGGACACACUAAGCACUAAACAACUUAAUGAGCAGUUUCAUAGUAUAGACAGCAGUCUCACUGCUCCAUUCUCUGCCAUUUCUUUUCAGUUGUUCUUGGUGGGAUAAAGCUUUGAAACUUUGUCAUCUUGGUUUAGAACCCCAACAUUAAAUUACAGAUCUAUUCUAUAGACAUGUUUGUUUAUGGUAGCAUUAAAUAGUUACUCCAAGCACAAUGACCACUUUAGUGAUUUGCAGUGGUCAUGGUGCCUGGAGUCCGUAUGAAACAAUGCACAUAUAGAGUUUAACCCUUUAGCUGAGGGAGGUUCAACUCCACCUCAGACAGUCAUUAUGGCAUCCUUAUCCUGCACCGUAGAAGAGCUUCAGGCUCACUAAUCUUGAUUGCAUGCAAUCUGAGCAGUCAGCUGAUACACUCAGCCAUUGAAUGACUGUCAAACGGCUUCCAGUUUUAAUAGCUUUUUCAAAACCGGAUGCACAUUACUAGCCACUCGGCAGGACCUGAGUGGCUAGUAAGAGGACAAACGGUUGCAAAUUUUCUUUCCCGAUUACCAGGAAACUGGGCCAGGGUACUACUGGCAUCAUUAACAAUACAGCAGACUCUGAUGGCCAUGAUGCUUGGAAUAACCCUUUAAAAUAAACCGUUAAUUCUUGUAAAUAAGUACUUGGUCAUAAAAUUUUUUACCUCCAUAGCUACAGUGACUUUUGUGCACAGCUACAGUCUUUGAUAGUCCAAGGCAACCUUCAAAUAGUUUGGAAACCAAAAAGUUCAAACAUUUCAAUAAACAACCAUAUUCAAAAAGAAGAAAAAACUACCUCCAUCCUCUCCCCACUUGGUGGCGCUAUUAAUCAAAAAUAAACGGUGUUUUUUAAUACUGCAACAAUAGUUCAAGAAAAGUAAACGCUAUAGUCAAUCUGCCUUUUUAGUACACAUCACAUGCUGUGAACACGCCACAUUGAACGAAGGGGGAGGGAGAGACAAAAUAAACCAAGCAAUCUGCUGCUCACUAUGUUAAUAUUACUGGGUGCUGAGGAAUUAAAUAUGAUCACAAAUAUCCGUAUAAUCAGAUCUAACCUCCUACACAAUACAUACGAUUUCAGAUCUAGAGUAUCCACACACCUCACAUGAAAGCUAUGCGUAGCCAUGUUAUUUCUCAGUACGAGUUAGUUUAAAGACUAUUUCUAAUAACACAACACCCCUGUGCAUUUAUUUGGUCAACAAAGUAAAGUUUCCUCUUCAAAACCAUGAAAUGUUAUUGAAAAUGUAAAUUUGCUUUGCAAGGAUAAAUAAUAAAAAUGAUAAUGAUAUUGCACGGUAUUCACUGUAAAGUACUGCUGCAUGGAUUUCGCCCCAUUUCUUUGAAGUGGAGUAUUUUCUAAUUGAAGUGCUGAUUAUCCAAUUCACCAACAAGCCUUUGUUCAAGUCCCGCACUUUCUCAGUAAUUUAAAGGGCAUAGUGCCCGUAGGAUUGCUCGGAUUCAGCUGGAACGGUUUAAUGCCUAUUCGGCUAUGACAUAUCCUUGUUCGGCUAUUAAGAUAUGCAUUUUCCUAGUUUUAAAUCGUUACUGUUCCCUUGUAGCUGCUGUUUUAUGAGCUAUGUGUAUCAGGAGAAAUAAACAAGUAAACGUGUUACCAUUCCCUAUUCAGAUAUCUAUUUAUAUAUAUAUAUAUAUAUAUAUAUUUCACAGGGCCAUUCGGUCACCCUGCAUUCUCAGUUCUUCGUUCAUAUUGAAGGAUCCUACUGCUGUGGUUCUGCAGGAUAUUCCCAAGAGACUCAAAGCAGACCGAUUGUAGUUACAAUUCCUAUUGUGAUAGAUUUACACUCUUAACGCAGAGAACUUCAAUAAAAGUAUUGCAUUUUGGUAACAUUAUGACCAUGCAGCUUUUACAAUUCCUUCACAAAGUAUUCAGAACCCCUUUUUUUUUUCCUUUUUGUUUUUUAUUUUUUCCUAAUGUAGCUUUAGGCUACCUUUUGGUUUUUCACAUUAAUCUUUACACUAAGGACGCCAUAAUAACAAAGCAAAAAACUGUUUGUUUCUUUUACAUCAUUGCAAAUAUAGAAACUGAAAUAUCACAUUGACAUAAUUAUUCAGACCCUUAACUUGGUGCAUGCUUGAAUUGCCUUUAGCAGUGAUUGGAGCCUCUGGCGUAUUUGGGUAUCAUGCCACAAGCUUUAUACACCUGGAUUUAGGUUGUUUCUGCCAUUCGUCUUUGCAGACCAACUCAAGCUCUAUUAGUUUGGACUUUGUGUCUAAGCAUCUCUUUUGUAGGCAUUAUCCUGUUGGAAGGUGAAUCUUUUUUGCCCAGUUUGAGGUCCUGAGCACUCUUGACCAGGUUUACAUUAAGGGUGUCUCUGUAUUGUGCUGUAUUCAGCUUUCCCUUAACCUUGACCAGUCUCCCCAGUCCCUGCCACUGAAAAACACACACAUAGCAUGAUGCUACCACCACCAUGCUUCACCGCUGGAAUGCUAUUGAGCAAGUGAUGAGUAGUGUCAGGUUUGCUCUAGUCAUAAUUUAGAUUGAGACCAUACAAUUUAAUGUUAUUUUCAUCAAACUAGUGAAUCUUGUUUCUCACUGCCAGAAAGCACCCAAAGGACUUUCAGACUUAUGCCAAGCGGGCAUUCAUGUGUCUUGGAGGUGCGUCUGCCUGUCCAGUAUGCCAUGAAGGCCAGAUCAGUGGAGUGUUGCUGUGAUCGCUAGAGCUCAUUUAUAAUGACCAUUGGAUAAUUGGUCACCUAUCUUAUCAAUACACUUAUUUUUCAAUUGCUCGGUUUAGCUGGGAGGCCCGCUCUGGGAAAAGUUCUGACUGUUCCAAUCAUCUUCCAUUUAAGAAUUAAGGAGGCCACUGCUCUUUUAGGAACCUCCACUGCGGGCACAUUUCUAAAAAAUACAUUUUUGCAGCCUUCCCCACAUCUGUGCCGCAACACAAUCCUGUCUCUGAGCUCUUUAGGCUGUUCCUUUGACCACAUGGCUUGGUUCUUGUUCUGAAAUGAAUUUAAAGCUUUUCAAAAUCAUGUCAAAUUAAUGAACUAAGUUACAGGUGGGCUCCAAUAAAGUGCAGUAAUCUCUCAAAGAUGAUCCAGAAAAAUUGGAUGUAGCUAAGCUCAAUCCAAGUGUCAUGCAAAGGGUCUGAAUACUUCUCUCAAAAAUAACUUUUUGCUUUGUCAUUAUAAGAUAUUAAGUUUAGAUUAAUGUAAAAAAUAAAUUAAAAAAUCCAGGGGUGUGAAUACUUUCUGAAUGCACUGUAUAUCUUCAAGAAGGCAAUACAGAUAGCCAGUGGGUACCUAUGUUCAUACUGGAGUAGUACAACACAUACUAGGGAUUCUUGAUCUGAUCGUACCUUGUUCAGUAAAUCAUAUAAUAAGAUAGUAAAGCAUUCGAGUAUAAUAUCUUCUAUGAAAUCCUGUGUGCCAUUUUCUUUCAGCUGAAUUUCCUCAAUGUCACAUAAUAUAAGAUUUCUUGCAUCACCACUAAGUGGCCACCAAUUUAGUGACUUUAAUUGGUUAUUCAUCUGCAUAAAGUGUUUUAUUUACCAUCUCUGUAUUUUAUUGACCAUCUCCUUUCUCAAAACAAUUAGUUAAUGAUAUUUAAUGUUAGUAGUUAAAUGUUCUCUGGCUGAUCUGCUAGAUUGAUAAAAGAAUCAUGUAUUCACAUUUCAAAAGCAAAUAGCUGUUUAAAGGUCACAUGAUUAAUUCAAAGGCAUUAAAAGGUCUUUCACUCAUUUAUAACACAAAACACACAGACCAUUGAUUUGUUGAAUCUUUGUUUACCCAUAUAUAUCCAUAAAAUAUCUGGAUGAUACAGAAUAACCAUUUUAUUCUUGAACCGCGCUAUGCCAGAUUUAUUUGUGUGUACGUGCUAUGUAACAUGCGUUUCUAACCCAUGAUAAAUCAAGCAUGGGUUAAGUUGAGCUGACACAACAUCUGCACUGCCAAACACAUUUAUAAUAUUAUACAAUUGAGAUCUGUUGGCUCAUGAGCACAUAGGGGAACAAUCCAUGAUUGUAUUUGUAUGAGACAAUUUAGUGUGUCCCAGAAACCAUAGGAAGAUAUAGCCACACAUUCAUUAGUGAAAAAUCAUCAAAGAUUGAAAGAUAAUUUUGCUCUCAUAAAUUAGGAGUUUAAAGUACUUAUGUGACAUUCUGACUGCAUGAUUUGUCCAAAAUCUAUAAUCCUUCAUAUGUUAACACGGUAACUGUGGCCCUACUGAUUGCUGUACAUGUAACAUACAAAGUUGUUGCAUUUGACGCAGAUGUGAAAUGGUUAUAAAGAGAGUUAACCCUCAACUUUUUUAUUUAUUUUUUAAACUUUUUUUUAAUAUAUAUUUUAAUUAUUUUUAAUUCCAUAUUAUUCUGUAUGAAACUGAUGCAUUUGCAGAGAACGUCAAAUAUUACAUUUUUGUUUUUAAUGAACUCAUGCAUUUGUAUAGUGAAAACUUAUUUAACUUAAGUAACUAGAACAUGCUCAUUGUGUAUUUUCUAGAUGUGGUUGUUUGCUGGUUUUUUUUUUUUUGUAACUGGGAGUAUGUUCCUAACAUGAAGAUGUCUUGAAUAAUACUUAUAAUUGACUGGCGAAUUAAUUGGAAUUCUUAAAAAUAGUGGUCUGCAUUUGACAUUGUGGGAUGAAGCGUUCAUUACACUUUCAUACACUCCCUGUAAAAUGUCAGACUCUUAUUGGCUGAUUGUAUUGCUGACCGUAUCUGUGCACUCUCCUCUUAUGUUAAAAUAGUGUCCUGGGGAAGAGCUGGCUUCAGUAAGCUCACAAAAACUGAAAACGUUAAUUUUAAAAUUGCUUUUAUUUUGUCAGGAAACCAGUUUAACAGAAAAUAAUGGCCACAGUUUUCUUUUAAAUGUCCAGUUGAGAGAUACGUUUGUACAGUCUAGCUGGAGAGAGGGCAAAUGAUACCUACAGCCAUAAACGGCUAAACAAAGACCCUUUGUGAUGUUAACAUACGUUUUACAAUUUCUCGACAGUGAGAAGAAAAAAGAAAAGGAGCGUGAAGAACUAUGGAAAAAAUUAGAGGACCUUGAAUUAAAGAGAGGUCUUAGGAGUGAUGGAAUUAUCCCCACUUAACAAAGGAAGCUACUGCAUCUUCAUCCUGUGGAGUCACAUUAUGUAUUAGGAGAUGGAUCAACAGUUUCUGUAUUGUGCAACUUUACAGUAGAUCACAUUUGUUUCAUUAUUACAGCAGCACUGUAUAUAACUGUCUAAGUAAAGAAAAAUAUAUGGACUUUAAUCCAAAGUUUGGACAGUAGACGAACUUCUCAGAACUUUACAAACAUAUUCAUUGUUUUAAACUUUCUUUAAAACCUUUUGGAUCUCUUUGCGGUGUCAAAAUUCCCAUGGUCAGGCACUUGAUAUGUAUACGUAUUCAUUCUAGCUUCUCCUCUGUUAAGUCUAUUGAUAUAGUUAAAAAUAGGGGGGACAUCAUUUAGGUUUGUGGAGCAUCCUCAUAACCUGGAUACCUUUUUCAUUGUCCUUUUUUUUUUUUCUUUUUUUUUUCGCAUCUUUGAAGAGCUGAAUGUCUUUGCAGAACUGUUCCCCACAAUGGUUUUGUGAAAUAUUGGUCUAGCUCUGGUGCUUAUUUUAAAAAACAUAUAUAUAUUUUUUUCUUUUCUCCAAUAUUGGGUAUGCAUAAGAGAAUCCGGCAGAAUUUUAUGGUGGUGUUUAUGCCGCAAUGUGUGUUGAUAAUGAGCUUUGUAUAAACACACGGUCAGCGAUGCAAAACGCAGUACCUAACCAGUAUUCGCUAUAUCUGCUACAUCAUUGCGACAUGCAAUACAGGACUGUUUUAGGAUCUUAUAUAUUCGCCAUUAUUAUCCUACAAAAAAAAAAAUUGUUUUUUUUCGGACCAUUUUGAAAUAAAGAAAAGGAAAAAAAACCAAAACACUAAACGGUGCAAACAGGACAGAGGUCUCCGAAAGGUUAUGAUUGUAUUCAUAGAUGACCUUAAAAAAACAGUUUGAGCUGUUUGGAGUUAUUGCCUUAUUUUAUAGUAUGUAUUUAAAAAUGAUGAAAUAAAAAAAAAAAAAGAAUUCCAGCAAAAAGGGAUGUUCCCUCUGAAUAAUCAUAUUGCAUUUUUUGUGGACUGUAGACUCAUGUGCCAGACAUUUUUUUGCGUUUCCCGUGGGAGACUUUCUCUUUAAACUCCCUUUUGCAUUCUAAACUGGAUGCCCAUUUAAUUAUUGUAUUUAUCACCAGAAGUGGUUCUACAAAUGCUACUGAAACAAACAAAACAAAAUCUGGAUAUUCCUAUUGUCCUGAGUAUUAAUAAAGUUAAAAUGCUUUUAUAUCAAAGGUGCAUUGUGACAAAAUUUUACCACUUAUUGACAAUCUGCAUUCAAGUGGGGUUUGUGUGGGGGCACUGAAAUUAGAACUCUAGCAGGAAGAUGCGGUAAGAAUUGUGUACAAAUGUUAUAUAUAUUAUAUAUAACUCCAUGUGUCUGUCUUUAUAAGUUGUAUUCAUUGCCAUCAGCUCCGUGAUCAUAUAUGUUCUGUCUAAUACAUUCAACAUUCAUAUUUUCUUUAACCUUUUUUAACAUCGUAAUUCUUCAAUAUUUCUAGAUAUAGGUUUAACUUGUUUUCAUUUAGAUAUUUGUAAGCAAAUGCAGAGACUUUUUGUUUUGUUUAAGUCUGUUUCUCAUGAUUAGGUUCCUUUGUCCUAUGUGCAAUGUUUCUGGUUUAUAAGCUUAUCCCUUGUAAUAUAUUAUCCUAAACGAUGGUAAUUGUGGUCAAUUUCUAAUGUGUACAUAAUUCUGUUAAGUUUGAACCAGCUGUAAACAUACACACAUUGUUGUAUGAUUUAGUAUAAAUAUGUAUUUUGAAAAAAAAAAAAAAAGUAUAGAUUUUUGCUGCCAUAUUGGCCUUGGUGAAAAAGUGAAUUAAUUGUAGCUUCUCAUCUUUUAUUUCAUUAUGAAAAUAUGUACCUGGAAGAAUUUUAAUCAACAAAACAAAUUCAAUUUGACCUUUUUGGAGGUCUGUUCAAGGGAAUGGACCUAUGAUUUUAGGUCAAAUAUGUAAAUUCAUAAACUCAUUGGUUGAAAGGAAAAAAAAAGCAAUAUAGGCUGUCUUAUUUAUAAAGGCGGUUAAUAACAGAAUAAAGGAAAUCUCUGCUUAGGUUAGUUUUAAAAAAGUAUUUCCUUGCAUUUUUUUAAGUAAAAAAUCCGUCUGAUCAUGGCUUAAAACUAUUUGUUUUGCUAGUCUAGUUUUUAGAAGCCUGUCACUCAAUCUGAAUUUCAGAAAUAACUGAAAAAAUCUCUAAAAACAUAAUGGAAAAGAAAUCAUCCAGAUAUGUCAAAUGUUGCAAACUUAGAGUGGUAUUGGGGGGGAGGUGGAAGGGGAGGAUUUUUUUUUUUUUUCUUCCCGUUUUUGGUUUUUUUAAUAAAAAGGUUCAUUGAAAUGCAAGCAACCAAUUUCUUUCAUAC